AUGAAAGUGAGGGGUCUGACAAAGAGAGGGAAAUUCCAGAGGGUGAGGAGGAUGAAUAAGAGGGUGAGGAGGAUGAAGAAGAGGGUGAGGAGAAUGAAGAAGAGGGCGAGGAGAAUGAAGAAGAGGGUGAGAAGCAUGAAGAAGAAAGCAUACAGGGACAGAGAGAUGAACAGCCAGAGGGACAGCAAGUGGAUCCAUGUGGAUCAAGUACUGCACCAUCAGGUUUGUGAUGAGGAAGGUUCUUACUAUUUGCAAAGCAAUGCAAUUACAAUGUAAUGGUAGGCCUGCUGGGUGUCCUUAAAAUGCUGCUUUCUGCUGUUAAUUCUUUUUUGUGUCAAUAUGGCUCUGUUUUUUUUUUAAAGUAAAUACUUUGCCUACAUUUUGAAAUACAUGCAGAUAUACAGUAAAUAAAUGUUGUAGUUGUGCCCUAUGUUUACUGUCCAUCUUCUUCAGAUAUCAGCAAGUCUAAGUAUGACGUACCAGUACAGCCGAACUUGAAGAUAUUCCCAACCACACUGAUGGGGGACAGAAGACGAAGCUUCAGACCAAACUGGUACACUACUCAUCCAUGGCUUGAGUAUUCUGUAAUGACGGACUCUACAUGUUGCUAUGCAUGUAGACAUUUUAGCACACCAAAUGCCCCAGACACCGUUUUUGUUUCAACACCUGGUUUUACAAACUGGAAAAAGGCAACUAUGAGAAAUGCAGGGUUUUCACUACAUGCAAAGUCUGAACGACACAAGUGUGCAAUGAUCGCAUGGAGGGAUUAUCAAAGAGCUGUUAGAACUGACGCAACACUAACAGAUCUCCUUGACAAAGAACACACUAAACAAGUACAAGAAAAUCAGGCAUACAUUAAAACAGUUGGGGAAGUGCUGUUGCUUACAGCUACACAAAACAUAGCACAAAGAGGACAUGAUGAAUCUGAAGGGUCCACUAACAAAGGAAACUUUAGGGAAAUUCUUAACACAGUUGCUAACCACGACCAACUUGUUAAGAGAAGAUUAACUUCCAUUCACAAUGCAAAGUACACAAGCAAGAUCAUCCAGAAUGAGGUUUUGGGUUGUUUGGCAGAAAUGGUUCGGUCUGAAAUCAUAGAAGAAGUGAAGAAAAGUGAGGUUUUUAGCGUCAUGGCAGAUGAAACAAAGGAUAUUUCAAAAAAAGAACAGAUGUCCUUCACACUCAGGUACUAUUACAAUGGGGCCAUUAAGGAGAGUUUUCUCCAUUUUGAAUCUGCAGAGAGGUUAGAUGCAGCAGGGCUUACUGGAAAAAUAGUACACUUACUGGAACGUUAUGGCCUGGACUACAAAAAUAACCUCGUAGGCCAAGCGUACGAUGGCGCUGCCGUUAUGAGCGGUAAGCAUUCAGGGGUUCAGGCAAGGAUCAAAGAACAGGCUAAAUUUGCCUUCUACGUCCAUUGUAGUGCUCAUUGUCUGAAUUUAGUGUUAGUUGAUGUAGUCAAAAGUGUCCCAGAAACUGAUGAGUUUUUUUCUUUGUUACAGAGUCUUUAUAUGUUUACUUCUUCCUCAUAUGUGCACCCAAAAUGGCUGUCUCUCCAAAGAGAAAUGUAUGGCAGAACCAGAGAGCUGCAACGUUUAAGCGACACACGUUGGUCAUGCCGAUUUCUAGCCCUACGUAAUAUCAUGGACACUCUACCUGCCCUUAAACGACUACUGCAAGAGAUUGCUCAAGAACGUCAUGGUGAAAGAACUGUUGAGGCCCGAGGUCUUCUUGCUCAAAUUGACCUAGAAUUUGUUGUGCAUCUUGUUACUCUGCGUAAGUUGUUUGGGGAGACAAAGCUAUUGUCUGACAUGUUACAGUCACAAACUGUUGAUCUGUCAAGUGCUGUUGACUUAGUAAAUGCUUUAGUCCUGACAUUGAAAGACCACAGGCAGGAGUCUUUCUUUGAUGAGUUGUGGGAUGAAGCAUUGAAUAUUUGUGAGCAGUGUGAUUCUGCAACAAGGUCAGUGGCGAAACGUCAGAAAAUGCUGAGCUCUAGACUCAGUGGCUACUGCAAGCUAAGCACUGUUGGUCAGAGGGAGGUAGAACGUGACAAAGAUAUGUUUCUCACAUCAUUUUUCUAUCCUGUAAUUGACAGCAUGCUCAAUGAGUUGAACAGACGUUUCUCCAAUACAAACUGUGAGCUCAUGAGAAGCAUACAGUCUCUCAGUCCCCAGAGUGAUACCUUUUUAAAGGAGAGCAAUGUUUUUUCAUUUGGCCGUUUGUAUAAUGCAGACAUUGAUGAUUUAGGGCAUGAGCUCCAUCAAUUUAAGAGAGUUUUGGACAGAAAAAUACAGAGUGGUGAAGUCAAAAAGCCAUGCAGUACAGUUGAGCUGGUUUGUUUUAUUGAGCCAUACAGGGAAGUUUUCUUUGAGCUCUUUAGACUGUGCAAGAUUGCUGUAACCCUUCCUGUAAGCUCAGCCUCUUGCGAACGCAGUUUCUCCACACUGAAACUGAUAAAAACCUUCCUGCGGUCCACCACUAGUGAUGAGAGACUCAGUGAUAUUGGUGUCCUGAGCAUAGAGUCCAGAAGGGCCAAGGCUCUGGAUCUUGAUGUAUUUGUGGACCGUUUUGCCAGACAGCACAACCGCCGUAUCCUGUUGCUGUAGUGUAUCUAUAUGAUAUAUACGCUAGUAGCGUAUGAGUGCCGCUGUGAGGAAAAAUAGAUAUAAUGAACAAUAAAACAACAAGCUUGAGCUUCUUAAGACACGGUGGGUUUAUCUGUUCUCAAUACCACCGGUAAAAUGAAUGGAGUUAGUCUGGUGUCCACAUGAAGUUACGUGUGUAGACAAAGAGUCUGGUGUCCAUAUGAAGUUACAUGUGUAGACAGAGACAGUCUGGUGUCCAUAUGAAGUUACAUGUGUAGACAGAGACAGUCUGGUGCCCAUAUGAAGUUAAAUGUGUAAACAAAGACAGUCUGGUGUCCAUAUGAAGUUACAUGUGUAGACAGAGACAGUCUGGUGCCCAUAUGAAGUUAAAUGUGUAGACAAAGAGUCUGGUGUCCAUAUGAAGUUACAUGUGUAAACAGAGACGGUCUGGGGUCCAUAUGAAGUUAGAUGUGUAGACAAAGACAGUCUGGUGUCCACAUGAAGUUACAUGUGUCUACUUAGAUGAACCCACCGUGUCUUAAGAAGCUGAAGCUUGUUUUAUUUUUCAUUUUACAUCAUCUAUCUUUUUUUCCUCACAGUACCAGUAGUUCCACACACUACUAGAGUGUAUGUAUGUUUGUAUGUAUGUAUAUAUAUCCCACCAAUCCUCUCUCAAGAGGUUUUCAAAAAGGGGCAAACUCAUGUCUCAAGACCUGCUUCUGUUGGUUCCCCUCUCCUGCCUGUAACUUUCCAUCCACAUCCCCAAAGUUUUGUGGCCCAUUAUGACAUCACUCCAUUAAGUGAUUGCUGCAUGUACUGCUCUAAGGAAACACUUCUCUCUCUCUCUCUCUCUCUCUCUCUCUCUCUCUCUCGAUAGAUAGAUAGAUAGAGUUUAUGAUUUUAUUCUUUUGAAUUAUCUCUGCCAAACAUCUAUGUACUACAAAUCUUCAAGCUCCACAGAUGUUUUAUGGCAUCCACUAAACCUCUUUAGAUAUUUGUAAAUUAUACAGUGUGAUACCUUUCAACGAAAGUUUAUUUUAUUUUUUACCAACUAUGAUUUUUCCUUUUGAAAACAAGCAAAGCAAGAAAAAAAAGAAACAAAAUCACUCCAAUCAUUGCACACUUGUGUCGUUCAGACUUUGCAGGUCCAGCUUUGACAUGAUGAUCUAACUAACACUAAUAUUGUAACUAAUAUUGUAACUGAAAUAUGUAUGAUCCUAUGAUGAGCGAUUGCUUACUUCCCUUUCACUCUUAAAAAAUUACUGAAAAAAAAUGUUGUAUAAAAAGGUAUAUGUAGUAUAUGUUUGUUUAGUGAGCAUUCAUGCUGUCAUUUUUUCCUAAUGUGAACUAUGGUGGAAAUGUGCUGUCCUAAAUGGACUUGCCCAUAUAUGUUGUAAAGCCUUUUUUUGUACACCUGCUCAUCAACUGACAGUGAAGUACACAAAGACACAGACACACACACACACACACACAGACACCUGUAAUAUUCUUGUUUUCAUGUUGUUGCUGAUAUCCAUCAGUGUUGUUCAUAUUGCUACAUUGUGUUGACAUGAUUGUUGCUUUUAAACGAAUGUUAACUUAAUGUUUAUUGUCUGCAUCCUAUUGGACUACUGGAUGUUAAUGUGUAACACGUUUCCCUGUUUAUGUGCUUUAGCAAUACUGUAUGUCAAUAUGGUCAUGCUAGUAAAGCCUCUUUGAAUUGAAUUUCUUUUCUGAUUUGGUUUAUUUUACCUAAAUGGAUACAGGGUAGUGUGUUUUGUUUAUAAAUCACUCAGAAAGUUUUCUUUCUUAAAACAAAAUGUGGAAUCAACUGUCCACAGUAGUGGGGCUUCCAUAAAUAGGAAAUGGCACAUUGUUGUACCCUUUGUUGUAUCCUGGAGUUUUGUUCACAUUGAAUAUGAACCCUGUAUUUGUACCCUGUACUUUUUAAUUUUUAUUUAUUUAUUUAUUUUUUUCAUUUUUAUGGCACUAUCUCUCUUGCAUCUGCACUCUUGUACAAAAUACGUGUUAUAAUAAAUGUCAUAUGAUUUUAAAGUAAAAUAAAGUUUAUAAUCUUUGAAUAUCAUGUGUUGCCAGUUUUUUUAUGUGUGCCCCCCUGAUUAAACACUGGCCCCUCCUUGGCCCCCCUAGUAAAAUGUGUCUAGAACCGCCACUGAUCAGUAGUGCAAAUUUUUUUUUGCAAAGUGCAAAAAAUGACCAUAAACCUCUCUGUAAUCUGAAUGUGAAUUCAACAAUGUUUGUUAUAGAGGCAACUAUUUAUGUAUUACUCAGUUUACUAAACUCAUUAGUUUAAUCAAUCGCCUCCUUAUAACGCAUAUUGUUAAAGAAAAAUGUCAAAUGUAACCACACUGCAAUAUUAUAAUAAGGUUAUUGUAUUUGUUGCACUUUGCACAAUUAUUUUGCACUACGAAAAUGUCGACCUUAAAAGGCUUCCGCAUGUUUCGGUUCGGCUGGCAGUUAGUGUGCGCGCAUCAGAGCAUGUGAGCAGAGUUGAGUGGUUGGAAAUCCCGCUCUGGUGCUCCAUGUCCUUUCCAACCGCUCCUGCUAAAAACCUGCUCAGCACUCAAAGAAAAAAAAAAACUGCUAUCCAAAUUCGCUCCAUUCAUUAAAACCACAAUUUAACCAACUGUGACGAGGUGUGAAUGAAGGAGUCAGGCGCAGGAGGUAAAAUACCGAAGUCCAGAGUUUAUUCCGUUCACAUAAAUCAAACACCCAAAGCGUCAAAACGAAACUAUUACAAGGGAAAACAUCCACCUUGGCAUAAACAUAGUGAAUAGUAGCUCAACCGAGCUAUACACUCUCACAACAAACAAUCACUCACAAAGACAAUGGGAUCCGCAGUAGCUAGUACUCCGGUGACGACGAACGCCGAAGCCUGCCCGAACCAGGAGGGGGGGGGGGGCAGCCUCGGCGGAAGUCGUGACACCAACACCCAUAUAUUUUUGUGACUACCUGGACAUACCAUUUAGUUUUGAAGUAUUGAAAACAAACCAUGUGGAUUUGAAUGAAAUGUAUUUGAAUAAACAUGAAAGGGUGAAUAUAAGAAGCACACAUCAUUUCAAAUAGACUACAUGUCUUAUUAAACAGCAUAUAAACACUCUAAAUAGGUCAGGAGCCAGACAGGUACUGCUUUGGACCUAGACUUGGCGCUCCGGUACCGCUUGCCGUGCGGUAGCAGAGAGAACAGUCUAUGACUAGGGUGGCUGGAGUCUUUGACAAUUUUGAGGGCCUUCCUCUGACACCGCCUGGUAUAGAGGUCCUGGAUGGCAGGAAGCUUGGCCCCAGUGAUGUACUGGGCCGUACGCACUACCCUCUGUAGUGCCUUGCAGUCGGAGGCCGAGCAGUUGCCAUACCAGGCGGUGAUGCAACCAGUCAGGAUGCUCUCGAUGGUGCAGCUGUAUAACAUUUUGAGGAUCUGAGGACCCAUGCCAAAUCUUUUCAGUCUCCCGAGGGGGAAUAGGCUUUGUCCUGCCCUCUUCACGACUGUCUUGGUGUGUUUGGACCAUGAUAGUUCGUUGGUGAUGUGGACACCAAGGAACUUGAAGCUCUCAACCUGUUCCACUACAGCCUCGUCGAUGAGAAUGGGGGCGUGCUCAGUCCUCUUUUUUUUUUUCCUGUAGUCCACAAUCAUCUCCUUUGUCUUGGUCACGUUGAGGGAGAGGUUGUUAUCCUGGCACCACAUGGCCAGGUCUCUGACCUCCUCCCUAUAGGCUGUCUCAUUGUUGUCGGUGAUCAGGCCUACCACUGUUGUGUCGUCGGCAAACUUAAUGAUGGUGUUGGAGUCGUGCCUGGCCAUGCAGUCAUGGGUGAACAGGCAGUACAGGAGGGGACUGAGCAUGCAUCCCUGAGGGACCCCGUGUUGAGGAUCAGCGUGGCAGAUGUGUUGUUACCUACCCUUACCACCUGGGGGCGGCCUGUCAGGAAGUCCAGGAUCCAGUUGCAGAGGGAGGUGUUUAGUCCCAGGAUCCUUAGCUUAGUGAUGAGCUUUGAGGGCACUAUGAUGUUGAACGCUGAGCUGUAGUCAAUGAAUAGCAUUCUCAUGUAGGUGUUCCUCUUGUCCAGGUGGGAAAGGGCAGUGUGGAGUACAAUAGAGAUUGCAUCAUCUGUGGAUCUGUUGGGGCGGUAUGCAAAUCAGACUGGGUCUAGGGUUUCUGGGAUAAUGGUGUUGAUGUGAGCCAUGACCAGCCUUUCAAAGCACUUUAUGGCUACAGAUGUCAGUGCUACGGGUCGGUAGUCAUUUAGGCAGGUUAUCUUAGUGUCCUUGGGCACGGGGACUAUAGUUGUCUGCUUGAAACAUGUUGGUAUUACAGACUCAGUCAGGGACAUGUUGAAAAUGUCAGUGAAGACACUUGCCAGUUGGUCAGCACAUGCUCGGAGUACACGUCCUGGUAAUCCGUCUGGCCCUGCGGCCUUGUGAAUGUUGACCUGCUUAAAAGUCUUACUCACAUCGGCUACGGAGAGCGUGAUCACAUAGUCAUCCGGAACAGCUGGUGCUCUCAUGCAUGCUUCAGUGUUGCUUGCCUUGAAGCGAGCAUAGAAGUGGUUUAGCUCGUCUGGUAGGCUUGUGUAACUGGGCAGCUCGCGGCUGUGCUUCCCUUUGUAGUCUGUAAUAGUUUUCAAGCCCUGCCAAAUCCGACGAGCGUCAGAGCUGGUGUACGAUUCAAUCUUAGUCCUAUAUUGACUCUUUGCCUGUUUGAUGGUUUGUCGGAGGGCAUAGCGGGAUUUAUUAUAAGCGUCCGGGUUAGAGUCCCGCUCCUUGAAAGCGGCAGCUCUACCCUUUAGCUCAGUGCGGAUGUUGCCUGUAAUCCAUGGCUUCUGGUUGGGGUAUGUACGUACGGUCAUGUUGGGACAACGUCAUCGAUGCACUUAUUGAUGAAGCCAGUGACUGAUGUGGUGUACUCCUCAAUGCCAUCGGAAGAAUCCCGGAACAUGUUCCAGUCUGUGCUAGCAAAACAGUCCUGUAGCUUAGUAUCUGUGUCAUCUGAGUCACUGGUGUGUUGUAGCUCCGGACAAACUCACCUAAUUCAACUCAUUGAGUUCAAUCAGAUGUGCUUGUCUGAGGCUACAACAAAAAUGUGUACUGUUGGGGGUACUGGAGGACUGGAGUUGGGCUGUUAGGAGUACUGGAGGACUGGAGUUGGGCUGUUGGGAGUACUGGAGGAGUUGGGCUGUUGGGAGUACUGGAGGAGUUGGGCUGUUGGGAGUACUGGAGGACUGGAGUUGGGCUGUUGGGAGUACUGGAGGAGUUGGGCUGUUGGGAGUACUGGAGGACUGGAGUUGGGCUGUUGGGAGUACUGGAGGACUGGAGUUGGGCUGUUGGGAGUACUGGAGGACUGGAGUUGGGCUGUUGGGAGUACUGGAGGACUGGAGUUGGGCUGUUGGGAGUACUGGAGGACUGGAGUUGGGCUUGUUGGGAGUACUGGAGGACUGGAGUUGGGCUGUUGGGAGUACUGGAGGACUGGAGUUGGCUGUUGGGAGUACUGGAGGACUGGAGUUGGGCUGUUGGGAGUACUGGAGGAUGGAGUUGGGCUGUUGGGGUACUGGAGAUGGAGUUGGGCUGUUGGGAGACUGGAGGACGGAUUGGGCUUUGGGAGAAAUAGGACUGGAGUUGGGCUGUUGGGAGUACUGGAGGACUGGGUUGGGUUUUGGGAGUACUGGAGGACUGGAGUUGGGCUGUUGGGAGUACUGGAGGACUGGAGUUGGGCUGUUGGGAGUAUGGAGGACUGGAUUUGGGGCUGUUGGGAGUACUGGAGGACUGGAGUUGGGCUGUUGGGAGUACUGGAGGACUGGAUUUUGGGCUGUUGGGAGUACUGGAGGACUGGAGUUGGGCUGUUGGGAGUACUGGAGGACGGGUUUUGGGCUUUUGGGGAGUACUGGAAGGGAUUUGGGGCUGUUGGGAGUUACUGGAGGACUGGAGUUGGGGGGUUUUUGGGAGUAUGGAGAAAGGGUUGGGGCUGUUGGGAGUACUGGAGGACUGGAGUUGGGUGUUGGGAGUACUGGGGGAUGGAGUUGGGCUGUUGGGGUAUGGAGGGGUUGGGCUGGUUGGGAGUAUGAGGACGGAGUGGGGGUUUUGGGAGUACUGGAGGAUUUUGGGCUUUGGGGUACUGAAGGACUGGAUUUUGGGCUGUUGGGAGUUAUGGGGACUGGAAGUUGGGCUGUUGGGAGUAUGGAGGACUGGAGUUGGGCUGUUGGGUGACUGGAGGACUGGAUUUGGGGGGCUGUUGGGAGUACUGGAGGAGUUGGGCUGUUGGGAUUACUGGAGGAUUUUGGGGUGGAUUUGGAGGACUGGAGUUGGGCUGUUGGGAGUACUGGAGGACUGGAGUUGGGCGUUGGGAGUACUGGAGGACUGGAGUUGGGCGUUGGGAGUAAUGGAGGAGUUGGGCUGUUGGGAGUACUGGGGGACUGGAGUUGGGCUGUUGGGAGACUGGGACUGGAGUUGGGCUGUUGGGAGUACUGGAGGACUGGAGUUGGGCUGUUGGGGGGGACUGGAGUUGGGCUGUUGGGAGGAGGGAAAGGAGUUGGGCUUUUGGGGAGUACUGGGGGCUGGAGUUGGGCUGUGGGACUGGGGAGGGCGUGGGGAUGGAGGACUGGCGGUGUUGGGGGCCCUGGAGGACUGGAGUUGGCUGUUGGGGUACUGGAGGACUGGAGUUGGGCUGUUGGGAGUAUGGAGGACUGGGGUUGGGCUGUGGGACUGAGGACUGGAUGGGCUGUGGAGUACUGGGGGAAACGGGAGUUGGGCUGUUGGGAGUAUGGGGGACUGGAGUUGGGCUGUUGGGAGUACUGGAGGACUGGAGUUGGGCUGUUGGGAGUACUGGAGGACUGGAGUUGGGCUGUUGGGAGUACUGGAGGACUGGAGUUGGACUGUUGGGAGUCCUGGAGGACUGGAGUUGGACUGUUGGGAGUCCUGGAGGACUGGAGUUGGGCUGUUGGGAGUACUGGAGGACUGGGGUUGGGCUGUUGGGAGUACUGGAGGACUGGAGUUGGGCUGUUGGGAGUACUGGAGGACUGGAGUUGGGCUGUUGGGAGUACUGGAGGACUGGAGUUGGGAAACACUGCUGUACUGUAACCUUGUCCUUGUAAUCUGUUUGCGUCAUGUGGAACGGACGUCUGGGAAAGCUGGUAUUACCCAUGGACCUUUGCACUUGCCUGGGGUAUGAUAUGCUAUACAGUGCAUUCGGAAAGUAUUCAGACCCCUUGACUUUUUCCACAUUUUGCUACGUUACAGCCUUAUUCUAAAAUUGAUGAAAUAAAUGUUUUUCCUAAUCAAUCUACACACAAUACCCCAUAAUGACAAAGCAAAAACAGGUUUUUAGAAACCUUAUAUACACAAGUAUUCAGACCCUUUGCCAUGAGACUCGAAAUUGAGCUCAGGUGCAUCCUGUUUCCUGAGUCCACCUGUGGUAAAUUCAAUUGAUUGGACAUGAUUUGGAAAGGCAAACACUUGUCUAUAUAAGGUCCCAUAGUUGACAGUGCAUGUCAGAGCAAAAACCAAGCUCUGAGACAGGAUUGUGUCGAGGCACAGAUCUGGGGAAGGUUACCAACACAUUUCUGCAGCAUUGAAGGUCCCCAAGAACACAUUCUUAAAUAGAAGACAUUAGGACCAACCAAGACUCUUCCAAGAGCUGGCCGCCUGGCCAAACUGAGCAAUCGGGGGAGAAGGCCCUUGGUCAGGGAGGUGACCAAAAACCCGAUGGUCACACUGACAGAGCUCCAGAGUUCCUCUGUGGAGAUGGGAGAACCUUCCAGAAGGACAACCAUCUCUGCAGCACUCCACCAAUCAGGCCUUUAUGGUAGAGUAGCCAGACGGAAGCCCAUGACAGCCCGCUUGGAGUUUGCCAAAAGGCACCUAAAGGACUGCAGAGAAGAAUGGGAGAAACUCCCCAAAUACAUGUGUGCCAAGCUUGUAGCGUCAUACCCAAGAAGACUCGAGGCUGUAAUCGCUGCCAAAGGUGUUUCAACAAAGUACUGAGUAAAGGGUCUGAAUACUUAUGUAAAUGUGAUAUUUCCGUUUUUAAUUUUCUAUACAUUCGCAACAUUUUCUAAAAACCUGUUUUUGCUUUGUCAUUUUGGGGUAUUGUGUGUAGAUUGAUGAGAGAUAAAACGAUUUAAUCCAUUUUAGAAUAAGGCUGUAAUUUAACAAAAUGUGGAAAAUGUAAAGGGUCUGAAUACUUUCCGAAUGCAUGUAUAUACAAAAGUAUGUGGACACUCCUUCAAAUUAGUGGAUCCGGCUAUUUCAGCCACACCCGUUGCUGACAGGUGUAUAAAAUUGAGCACUCAGCCGUGCAAUCUCCAUAGACAAACAUUGGUGAUAGAAUGGCCUUACUGAAGAGCUCAGUGACCGUCAUAGUCAGUUCGUCAAAUUUCUGCCCUGCUAGAGCUGCUCUGGUCAACUGUAAGUGCUGUUAUUGUGAAGUGGAAAUGUCUAGGAGCAACAACGGCUCAGCCGCGAAGUGGUAGGCCCUACAAGCUCACAGAACGGCACCUCAGAGUGCUGAAGUGCGUAAAAAUCGCCUGUCAUUCGUUUGCAACACACACUACCGAGUUCCAAACCGCCACUGGAAGCAACGUCAGCACAAUAACUGUUCAUCGGGAGCUUAAUGAAAUGGGUUUCUAUGGCUGAGCAGCCACACACAAGCUUAAGAUCCCCAUGUGCAAUGCCAAGUGUUGGCUGGAGUGGUGUAAAGCUCGCCACCAUUGGACUCUGGAGCAGUGGAAAUGUGUUCUCUGGAGUGAUGAAUCCCGCUUCACCAUCUGGCAGUCCGACGGACGAAUCUGGGUUUGGCGAAUGCCAGGGGAAUGCUACCUGCCCCAAUGCAUAGUGCCAACUGUAAAGUUUGGUGGAGGAUAAAUAAUAGUCUGGGGCUGUUUUUCAUGGUUCGGGCUAGGCUCCUUAGUUCCAGGGAAGGGAAAUCUUAAUGCCACAGCGUACAAUGACAUUCUAGACGAUUCUUUGCUUCCAACUGCGUGGCAACAGUUUGGGGAAGGCCCUUUCCUGUUUCAGCAUGACAAUGCCCCCAUGCACAAAGCGAGGUCCUUACAGAAAUGGUUUGUCGAGAUCGGUGUGGAAGAACUUGACUGGCCUGCACAGAGCCCUGACCUCAACCCCAUCAAACAACUUUGGGAUGAAUUGGAACGCCGACUGCGAGCCAGGCCUAAUCGCCCAACAUCAGUGCCCAACCUCACCAAUAUUCCAACGUCUAGUGGAAAGCCUUCCCAGAAGAGUGGAGGCUGUAGCAAAGGGGGGACCAACUCCAUAUUAAUGCCCAUGAUUUUGGAAUGAGAUGUUCGACGAGCAGGUGUCCACAUACCUUUGGUCAUGUAGUGUAUCUCUGAUGCUGAAACCACUAGUAUGAGUCUGGUUCUUCUCAAAGUUUCUGCCUUCCAGGGACCUUUUCCUCACCACUGUUCUUCUGCUUUUUAGGGUCUAGACCGGGUUACUGUAAAGCACUUUGCAACAGCUGUUGCGGCUUUAUGAAAAUGUUUGAUUAAUUGGUGGUGUCCUCUGUCCUGUCCAGGUGGGUGUUCAUCUAUGAGAAAGGCUACCAGUCAUCAGACACGGCCGUGGGUUCUGUCUUGACUAAGAUGAAGGGGGUGGGUUACACCAAUGUGGCCGGAGAGGAGAGGAUCUGGGACGUGGCUGACUACGUCUUCCCUGUACAGGUGGGUCAUUGGCUGAGUGUGGACCUACUACAGUAGUAUUGCUAUAAGAAGGACAUUUUACUGAAUGAAUGACCUGAAAGGUCACAGAUCUUUAGAACCUUUAGGGACUGAGCCUCACAGUACAUCUACCAGUGUUCUGUAAUAGUAGUAUAGUAGUGUGGUAGUAGUAGUGUAGUAGUGUGGUAGUAGUGUAGUAGUGUGGUAGUAUUGUAAUAGUAGUGUAGCAGUGUGGUAGUAUUGUAAUAGUAGUGUAGAAGUGUGGUAGUAUUGUAAUAGUGGUAUAGUAGUGUGGUAGUAUUGUAAUAGUAGUGUAGUAGUAUUGUAAUAGUAGUGUAGUAGUGUAGUAGUAUUGUAAUAGUAGUGUAGCAGUGUGGUAGUAUUGUAAUAGUAGUGUAGCAGUGUGGUAGUAUUGUAAUAGUAGUGUAGCAGUGUGGUAGUAUUGUAAUAGUAGUGUAGCAGUGUGGUAGUAUUGUAAUAGUAGUGUAGCAGUGUGGUAGUAUUGUAAUAGUAGUGUAGAAGUGUGGUAGUAUUGUAAUAGUGGUAUAGUAGUGUGGUAGUAUUGUAAUAGUAGUGUAGUAGUAUUGUAAUAGUAGUGUAGUAGUGUAGUAGUAUUGUAAUAGUAGUGUAGCAGUGUAGUAUUAUUGUAAUAGUAUUAUAGUAGUGUGGUGGUAGUGUAGUAAGGUAUUAGUAGUGUAGUAGUGUUGUCGUAGUGUAAUAGUAGUGUAGUAGUAUUGUAAUAGUCGUGUAGCAGUGUGGUAGUAUUGUAAUAGUAGCGUCAGGUAGCUUAGUGGUUAAGCGCGUUGUGCAGUAACCGAAAGGUCGCUGGUUCUAAUCCCCGAGCCGACUAGGUGAAAAAUCUGUCGAUGUGCCCUUGAGCAAGGCACUUAACCGUAAUUGCUCCUCUAAGUCGCUCUGGAUAAGAGCUUCUGCUAAAUGACUAAAAUGUAAAUGUAAAAAUGGUAGUAGUGUAGUAGUGUAGUAGUGUUGUAUUAUUGUAAUAGUAGUGUAGUAAGGUAAGAGUAGUGUAGUAGUAUUGUAUUAUUGUAAUAGUAGUGUAGUAGUGUAGUAAGGUAGUAGUAGUUAGUAGUAUUGUUGUAGUAGUGUAGUAAGAUAAUAGUAGUAUAGUAGUAGUGUAGUAAGGUAAUAGUAUUGUAAUAGUAGUGUAGUAGUAUUGUAAUAGUAGUGUGGUAGUAUUGUAAUAGUAGUGUAGUAGUAUUGUAAUAUUAGUGUAGUAGUGUGGUGGUAGUGUAGUAAGGUAAUAGUAGUGUUGUCGUAGUAUUUGUAAUAGUAGUGUAGUAGUAUUGUAAUAUUAGUGUAGUAGUAUUGUAAUAGUAGUGUAGCAGUGUGGUAUUAUUGUAAUAGUAGUGUAGUAGUGUGGUAGUAUUGUAAUAGGAGUGUAGUAGUAUUGUAAUAGUAGUGUGAUAGUAUUGUAAUAGUAGUGUAGUAGUAUUGUAAUAGUAGUGUAGUAGUAUUGUAAUAGUAGUGUAGUAGUAUUGUAAUAGUAGUGUAAUAGUAGGGUAGUAGUAUUGUAGUAGUAGUGUAGUAGUAGUGUAGCAGUGUAGUUGUAUUGUAAUAGUAGUGUCGUUGUAUUGCAAUAGUAGUGUAGCAGUGUGGUAGUAUUGUAAUAGUAGUGUAGUAGUGUGGUGGUAGUGUAGUAAGGUAUUAGUAGUGUAGUAGUGUAAUAGUAGUGUAGUAGUAUUGUAAUAGUAGUGUAGUAGUAUUGUAAUAGUAGUGUAGCAGUGUGGUAUUAUUGUAAUAGUAGUGUUACGAACCCCGUGGCUUUGAACGUCUAGGGUGAUGGACAUGAGACCCGUAACAUAAUUCAUGUAAAUUAUAAGUGUGACAUGGAACAGUGAGAACAAAUAUGACACAACAACCAUGAACUACCGUCAAACACAAAUGGUUUAUUUCUGAACACACGGUAACGGUUUGGGAAAAAGGGCUGAGCAGGACCCAAGAAAUGAAACAAUAGUGUAAAACACCCCUAAACUGAUCUUGCCUGCCUCAAGAACCGCUAGGCUACUGCUACCAUACAAAAAUACAGUGGGUGGUCCGCUCAGGUCUAACUAGUGUUUAUAGACAGUUCUUUCUACGGGAAAUGUAUGCCCAAGGGCAGCUAGCUCAAACUCCCCUUUUCCCAGAAACACACAAUAGUUACCAAACAGAGUAACCAGCAAGUAAAUGAGUACUCUAAACACAGGACAUCACAGUAUCCAUUACUCACAUACAAAACAGUGGUCUAACAGAAUUACCAAUCAUAGUAACCAGCAACUUAGUGAGUAAACAAAAACAGGACACCACCGUGUCCAUACUCACAUACGGAAAUAGUCUCUCUCUCUCACAACUAACACAAGUGACUGGUUUUUAUACAAUGGGAUGUGUGAUUGAAAAAAACGAGUAACAGGUGGUGCAAUGCACAGGAAUGUUCACUGAUUGGUCCAAUCAGCAGACACCUCAACGACCACCAAUCAGGAACAUACAGGACACCUGUGAUUAGGGCAGAAGGAGAGAAACACACAAAAACACAGGAUACCUGUAUCCGUAACACUCCCACCCUUAAAAGAGCAAACCACAAUGGUUUGCGACACACGUACCAUCACAACACCCAAAAUUCAAUAAUCAUCCUGCCGGGAUAAAAAAAAACCUAGAUCAUUACACACGAGACAAAGCAUCUGCCAACACAUUAUCCAACCCCUCUUCGCAGAGGAAUGGCCUCUGGGUACCUGGUGGCCACACACAUAAUUGUCAACAUAAACUGGUUACCAGAUUUUGUUUUUGGUAAUGGUCCAACACAAUCAACCAUCACAUGUUCGAAGGGUUCACCUAUGGCCGGUAUGGGACAAAGAGGCGCGGGGGAAAUAACCUGGUUCGGUUUCCCAACUACUUGACAGGUGUGGCAAGUCCGACAGAACCGAGCCACAUCUUGUUUUAAGCCAGGCCAAAAGAAAUGUCGCAAAACUCGAUCAUAAGUCUUGGUGACUCCCAGAUGUCCGGACCACUGGUGAUCAUGAGCGAGGGAUAAAACAUUUUGUCGAAAGGCUGUAGGAAUCACUAUUUGGUAAACAGCAUUCCAAUCUCCACCAGCGUCAACAUGGGAUGUCCAUUUACGCAUGAGGAGAUUACCAUCAAUGAAGUAUGCCAUGUUUUUCUUCUUUAGCUCUUCCUCUGAGACAACACUAGAAAAACAUUUAGCCAGGCUAAUGUCAACCUGUUGGUUAGCGAUCAGCUGCUCACGAGUAACUGGUAACUGUAUUGCCUCAGCAACAAGUUCCACAUCCUUCUUCCUUUCUUUGGGCUGUUGGUCAGACUGCACCAGCUUACCAGAGGUAGCACCCGAACUAUCCUCUGGGUCACACUCUCUGAAUAGAAUCGUGUUCGACAAAUCUAUCACUUCACCCACUUGUCGUGCUUGAGCACGUGUGACAGCACAAGCGGGGAACACAUCUGGAUAACCCUGUGCCAGCUCCUCGGAGAGAGACUGGUCACUUUUAUCCAUUACCUCCAAUACGGGUAUCACCUUUCCUCCGGCAAUAUCGUUGCCCAUUAUAAAUGUCACACCUUUUACUGGCAACAUAGGACGUACGCCAACUCUGAACAAUCCACUGACUAACUCAGAGUGUACGUUCACAAAGUGCAAUGGCACUGGGACAAAUCCCAUUUCAAUUCCUUGUACUAACACACUGGAACCACAAUAUGUAUUAUUAGACAAGGGCAACACAUCAGCUAGUAUGAACGACUGCGCCGCACCAGUAUCUCUGAGGAUUCUAACUGGACGCUGAGACGCUUCGUCAUCUGCUAUAGAAACAAACCCCUCAAAAAUGAACGGUUCAUAACUGUGAUCUGGGACAGGGACUUUCAAACCACAUUCACUAUGAGGCCUCUGUCUUGAUUCCGGCCCCACAACCGUACGAAUCAGCCCAACACCCGUUGGCGGCCUGGCGUGCUGAGGCAUCCCCGGUUUGCGUUUUAGCAGAAAGCAAUCAUUAACCAUAUGUCCCACCUUAUGACAAUAGAAACAGUGACGCACAUCUUUUUGGCGUGCUGGAUGUACUGCUGGUCGACUAGGACUAAAAGUUAGCAACUCCGCAGCCCUGCUCUCCGUACGAGCCGAAAACACGCUCUUAUGCGUCAACACAAACUCGUCUGCCAAUACAGACGCUUCCGACAGUGAGGAUACUUUCUGUUCGUUCAGAUAAACUACAAUGCGUUCCGGUAAGCAAUUUUUAAACUCUUCUAACAAGAUUAACUCCCGUAGAGAGUUAAAAUCAGUUACUUUACUAGCACUGUGCCAUUUGUCAAACAGAUUUCCUUUGUCUCUAGCAAACUCCACAUAAGUCUGAGUAGGAGACUUUUUAUGAGACCUAAAUCUCUGUCGAUAUGCCUCAGGAACAAGCUCAUAGGCACGAAGAACAGUAGCUUUGACCACUUCAUAAUUCAAACUGUCUUCAAGAGGUAGCGCUGCCAGAACCUCUUGGGCUUUACCUGUUAGUUUACACUGAAGUAAUAGGCACCAUACCUCUUCGGGCCAUUUCAAUGCUACCGCUAUACGUUCAAACACACUGAAAUAGGAAUCAACCUCUGACUCCCUGAACACAGGUACCAAGGUGAUCUGCCUACUAAUAUCAAACGUAGCAGAUGACACAGCUGGUGAGGAUGGCUCACUAGCAGGCAUAGUAUGAGCAGAGACUAACCUCGCUGUUUCUGCCUCUAGUUCCAUUUUACGCAUCUCCAGUUCUUGAUCAAGCCUACGCGUCUCCAGUUCCAUCUUACGCAUCUCCAGUUCCUGAUCAAGCCUACGCGUUUCCAGCUUGUCUAGCCUGAUUUGUGCCCGCUCUUCCGCCUCCAUUUGGAGCCGCGUCAAGCGGACAUCCAUCCUGGCAUCACUGUCAGUCAGUGGGGAGAGUGGGUCAUAACGGGGCAAUGUGGCUGGAGCCUUAGCCUCGUCCUCAGACACUGAUGGGCUUACAGGAACAGCCACCACCUCCCCUACAGGAGCAGCAGACUCAGGCGGCGGUAACUCAAGCACUCGCUCGCUCAACAAUAUUUCUAACACUGCUUUCCUCACUUCGGCUUUCACUAAAACCCUUGAUAUCGGUACAGAAAAGUGGUCAGCCAAAACCUGUAGAUCCACUCUACGGCAAUUCUCAAAAACCUCCCACGUAGGGUUUUCCAAAAAUGCUUCCAACUCAAAAGUAGCCAUCCUACUAGCAACACGAGCCGUCGACUACUGAACACAAAAAAAAACAGGUAGUUACAGCUGCCAAGCUCAACACUGAACCAGACACUUACUAAUUUGCAUGAGUAGCAUGGGAUAGAUCCCGGACGAACCCCCACUUUAUGUUACGAACCCCGUGGCUUUGAACGUCUAGGGUGAUGGACAUGAGACCCGUAACAUAAUUCAUGUAAAUUAUAAGUGUGACAUGGAACAGUGAGAACAAAUAUGACACAACAACCAUGAACUACCGUCAAACACAAAUGGUUUAUUUCUGAACACACGGUAACGGUUUGGGAAAAAGGGCUGAGCAGGACCCAAGAAAUGAAACAAUAGUGUAAAACACCCCUAAACUGAUCUUGCCUGCCUCAAGAACCGCUAGGCUACUGCUACCAUACAAAAAUACAGUGGGUGGUCCGCUCAGGUCUAACUAGUGUUUAUAGACAGUUCUUUCUACGGGAAAUGUAUAUGCCCAAGGGCAGCUAGCUCAAACUCCCCUUUUCCCAGAAACACACAAUAGUUACCAAACAGAGUAACCAGCAAGUAAAUGAGUACUCUAAACACAGGACAUCACAGUAUCCAUUACUCACAUACAAAACAGUGGUCUAACAGAAUUACCAAUCAUAGUAACCAGCAACUUAGUGAGUAAACAAAAACAGGACACCACCGUGUCCAUACUCACAUACGGAAAUAGUCUCUCUCUCUCACAACUAACACAAGUGACUGGUUUUUUAUACAAUGGGAUGUGUGAUUGAAAAAAACGAGUAACAGGUGGUGCAAUGCACAGGAAUGUUCACUGAUUGGUCCAAUCAGCAGACACCUCAACGACCACCAAUCAGGAACAUACAGGACACCUGUGAUUAGGGCAGAAGGAGAGAAACACACAAAAACACAGGAUACCUGUAUCCGUAACAGUAGUGUAGUAGUAUUGUAAUAGUAGUGUAAUAGUAGGGUAGUAGUAUUGUAGUAGUAGUGUAGUAGUAGUGUCGUUGUAUUGCAAUAGUAGUGUAGCAGUGUGGUAGUAUUGUAAUAGUAGUGUAGUAGUGUGGUGGUAGUGUAGUAAGGUAUUAGUAGUGUAGUAGUGUUGUCGUAGUGUAAUAGUAGUGUAGUAGUAUUGUAAUAGUCGUGUAGCAGUGUGGUAGUAUUGUAAUAGUAGUGUAGUAGUAUUGUAAUAGUAGUGUAGUAGUAUUGUAAUAGUCGUGUAGUAUAAAGUACUACAGAGAGAUUCAUCUAGGGAAGUCAGAAGAUGUCUGACAGACUGAAGAAGAUAAAGAUUACUGAGACAGAGUGAUCCAGGAGUUUAAAAACACUCACAUCCUGAUUGUUAACAAACAGGCGUGAGAGAGAAACUGUACCUAACUGUCACGAGUGGUUCCUUUGCACGCAUCCUGAUCCUGCACACAUGUUAGGCAGAUACAGAGACAAACAGGAGACUCUCUGUAAACACAGUGACAGUCCAUUGUUUGCCCAAGCCAUAAAGAAGACACUGAUGUGUGCUCUGAGAGGUGUGGCCAUGGUUGGUUUAUUUAUUUCAGAACUGGUUUGGCUGAUGGUCAGGAGGAGGGAGAUCAAUGCCAAACCGCAAGAAGAAGAUGAAACACUUAUGCAAGAUUAUACAGCCUGUCAUCUUGUGUCCGUAUCUAUUUACCUAUAAUAUUCAAGGUAUCUACCUGAAGAUGACCGUCUCUCUUAUAAUAAUGUAUGGUAUCUGUUUACCUAUUCAAGGUAUCUAUCUGAGUGUCAUGGUGAUUUCCAAAACAAUGACAUUGAUACUGGUUACGCAGAAUUUGAUUCAGUGAUUCAACAUUGUGUUACACCCAAAGGCAUUUAUUUUAUAGACAAUGAAAAUAGGUAGUACAUUGAGCAUAGAGUUUGUACUGCUUGGUGACCUAAACUGGGAUAUGCUUAACACCCCGGCCGUCCUACAAUCUAAACUAGAUGCCCUCAAUCUCACACAAAAAUUCAAGGAACCUACCAGGUACAACCAUAAAUCCGUAAACAUGGGCACCCUCAUAGAUAUCAUCCUGACUAAUUUACCCUCUAAAUACACCUCUGCUGUCUUCAACCAGGAUCUCAGCGAUCACUGCCUCAUUGCCUGCGUCCGUAAUGGGUCCGCGGUCAAACGACCACCCCUCAUCACUGUCAAAUGCUCCCUAAAACACUUCAGCGAGCAGGCCUUUCUAAUUGACCUGGCCCGGGUCUCCUGGAUGGAUAUUGACCUCAUUCCGUCAGUAGAGGAUGCCUGGAUGUUCUUCAAAAGUGCUUUCCUCUCCAUCUUAAAUAAGCAUGCCCCAUUCAAAAAAUUCAGAACUAAGAACAGAUAUAGCCCCUGGUUCACCCCAGACUUGACUGCCCUUGACCAGCACAAAAACAUCCUGUGGCGUACUGCAUUAGCAUCGAACAGCCCCCGCGAUAUGCAACUUUUCAGGGAAGUCAGGAACCAAUAUACACAAGCAGUUAGGAAAGCAAAGGCUUGCUUUUUCAAACAGACAUUUACAUCCUGUUGCACUAACUCCAAAAAGUUUUGGGAUACUGUAAAGUCCAUGGAGGAUAAGAGCACCUCCUCCCAGCUACCCACUACACUGAGGCUAGGAAACACUGUCACCACCGAUAAAUCUACGAUAAUCGAGAAUUUCAAUAAGCAUUUUGCUACGGCUGGCCAUGCUUUCCACCUGGCUACCCCUACCCCGGCCACCAGCUCUGCACCCUCCGCUGCAACUUGCCCAUGCCCCCCCCCCGCUUCUCCUUCACCCAAAUUCAGAUAGCUGAUGUCCUGAAAGAGCUGCUAAAUCUGGACCCCUACAAAUCAGCUGGGCUAGACAAUCUGGACCCUUUCUUUCUGAAAUUAGCCGCCGAAAUUGUCGCAACCCCUAUUACUAGCCUGUUCAAUCUCUCUUUCGUAUCGUCUGAGAUCCCCAGAGAUUGGAAAGCUGCCACGGUCAUCCCCCUCUUCAAAGGGGGUGACACUCUAGAUCCAAACUGUUACAGAUCUAUACCCAUCCUGCCCUGCCUUUCGAAAGUAUUUGAAAGCCAAGUUAACAAACAGAUCACCGACCAUUUCGAAUCCCACCAUACCUUCUCCGCUAUGCAAUCUGGUUUCUGAGCUGGUCAUGGGUGCACCUCAGCCACGCUCAAGGUCCUAAACGAUAUUAUAACCGCAAUCGAUAAAAGACAGUACUGUGCAGCCGUCUUCAUCGACCUGGCCAAGGCUUUUGACUCUGUCAACCACCGCAUUCUUAUUGGCAGACUACAUAGCCAUAGUUUCUCAAAUGACUGCCUCGCCUGGUUCACCAACUACUUCUCAGAUAGAGUUCAAUGUGUCAAAUCGGAGUGCCUGUUGUCUGGACCUCUGGCAGUCUCUAUGGAGGUGCCACAUGGUUCAAUUCUCGGGCCGACUCUAUUCUCUGUGUAUAUCAAUGAUGUCGCUCUUGCUGCUGGUGACUCUAAGAUCCACCUCUACGCAGACGACACCAUUUUGUAUACAUCUGGCCCUUCAUUGGACACUGUGUUAACAAACCUCUAAAUGAGCUUCAAUGCCAUACAACACUCCUUCCGUGGCCUCCAACUGCUCUUAAACACUAGUAAAACUAAAUGCAUGCUCUUCAAUCGAACGCUGCUUGCACCCGCCCGCCCGACUAGAAUCACUACUCUCGGCGGGUCUGAUUUAGAAUAUGUGGACAACUACAAAUACCUAGGUAACUGGUUAGACUGUAAACUCUCCUCCCAGACUCACAUUAAGCAUCUCCAAUCCAAAGUUAAAUCUAGAAUCGGCUUCCUAUUUCGCAACAAAGCCUCCUUCACUCAUGCUGCUAAACAUGCCCUCGUAAAACUGACUAUCCUACCGAUCCUUGACUUCGGCAAUGUCAUUUACAAAAUAGCUUCCAACACUCUACUCAGCAAAUUGGAUGUGGUCUAUCACAGUGCCAUCCGUUUUGUCACCAAAGCCCCAUAUACUACCCACCAUUGUGACCUGUACGCUCUCGUUGGCUGGCCCUCACUACAUAUUCAUCGCCAAACCCACUGGCUCCAGGUAAUCUAUAAAUCACUUCUAGGCAAAUCCCCGCCUUAUCUUAGAUCAUUGGUCACCAUAGCAACACCCACCCAUAGUAUGCGUUCCAGCAGGUAUAUCUCACUGGUCAUCCCCAAAGCCAACACCUCCUUUGGCCGCCAUUCCUUCCAGUUCUCUGCUGCAAAUGACUGGAACGAACUGCAAAACUCUCUGAAGCUGGAGACACUUAUCUCCCUCACUAACUUUAAGCAUCAGUUGUCAGAGCAGCUUACCAAUUACUGCACCUGUACACAGCCCAUCUGUAAUUAGCCCACCCAACUACCUCAUCCCCAUAUUGUUAUUUACAUUGUUAUUUAUUUUGCUCAUUUGCACCCCAGUAUCUCUAUUUGCACAUCAUCUUCUGCACAUCUAUCAUUCCAGUGUUAAUACUAAAUUGUAAUUAUUUUGCACUAUGGCCUAUUUAUUGCCUUACCUCCAUAACUUACUACAUUUGCACACACUGUAUAUAGAUUUUCUAUUGUGUUAUUGACCUUAUGUUUUGUUUACCCCAUAUGUAACUCUGUGUUGUUGUUGUUUUUAUCGCACUGCUUUGCUUUAUCUUGGCCAGGUCGCAGUUGUAAAUGAGAACUUUGUUCUCAACUGGCUUACCUGGUUAAAUAAGAAGAAUAAUACAAAAUUUUUAUAGUAGUAGUAGUAGUAGUAGUAGUAGUACUAGUAGUAGUAGUAGUAGUAGUAGUAGUAGUAGUAGUAGCAGUAGCAGUAGCAGUAGCAGUAAAAGCAGUCUUGUACCACUGUCACUACACAGACAUGUCUUAAUUAGAUUAAUCCACAAUUGAAUUAUACUGACUAACUGCAUUGUCAAUUAGCUGCCAUUCUACUGCAUAACAUUGACAUUAAUUGAUGCUAUCCCAUCAGUCUUUGCAUGAUAAUUACCACUUCUUCCCAAUGUGGUCACAGUCAGUGACUUAGCAUCCUGUGACCGAAUUACACAAGCAUGCCAUCCAGACCUGGGUUUAAAUAGUAUUUAAUAUCUUUAAAAUACAUUAGCCUGCCUUGAGUGUCAGGCGGCCGGGGUUUGCAUUUUGGAAACCUUUGACUUUUCCAUUGGGCAAGCUCACAGGCAAGUUUAAUCAAGCACAGCGAAACGAUUUGAAAUAGUAUUUGAACCCAGGUCUGAUGCCAUGUAAUGCAGUUACCCAGGCAGGAAGGCUCCAGUACCAAUCCUUAUUAAUGCUAUAUAUGGCCUCCACUUAUGAGUUAGUCAACAUUAACAUGAAAGACAUCAUGGUCAAGACUUGGGAGAGGGCCAAUAGAAGGAAACCAGAUAGCGAGAGUCAUAUUAAUAGUGUUACUAGACCAGGGCUAUUUGACUGCACCCUCAUGUUAUUCAGUCAUUAUAUUUCUAUGGGGAGGGCUAUAGGUCUGUUACCAUAACAACAGUGACAAAAGGUUUGUCAUGUUGUAACAAAUGUUACACAUUUAGGCCAGUGAACUAUCAAGUUAGUUGAGGCAGCCCAGUAGGGAGAGAGGAAAGAUGAUGUAAUUUUCCAACUGUCUGGUCUAUGAUCUUAUGUUUAAUAUUUUAAUGGACUGCACUGUCAAAUGCUGUAUCUUUAAGUACUGGGGGCUGAUGGGAGAAAAUAGGGGUCAAAAAAUGCCUGUCUGUUCUCACUGGGGGAGGAGAGAGAGUAAUGUCUCGUUCAAAACAACUCGGAACUGGGAAAUCUCUGACUUCAGUUCAAAACUACUUGGAACUGGGAAAAAAAACAAGUAAAAAAAAAGAUUUGAACAGUCAUCCAACUUGAAAUUCCAACUCGACCUGAGUUCCCAGAUGUUUUGAACGCGGCAUCUGUGUGUGACCUAGUUUCACAAGGUUCUAGAGAAUGUAAUCUGUAAAGUGUUUUUUUAGAUCUCUAGUAGGGAUCUGGAAUAAGUGUAAAGCCUACCCGUUCCGGCGUGCCUCUCCAAACAGUGGAUUGGUUGAUUUAUUAAACAGUGGAUUGAUUGAUUGAUUGAUUGGUUAUAGGCUUCUAAACGGAGUUGUUGAACAAUUGAAAGCAACCGGUUCUAAGGGGGAUCACCUACCUCAUGGUGAGAUCAAUAUUUUUUCCUUGCUAUUUUUGUUGCCACGUCGAUAUUUCUUUACUUUUUAAGGCUGGUGAAUUUUUUUUUCUUCUUCUAUGGUAUAAUGGCGUUCGCGACAAUUGGAUGUGCAUUACUGCCACCUACUGUACCGGUGAAUAAUAAGGAUCCCAAAAAGGAAAACAUUUGGGUAAAAAGAAUCAAAAUAUCAUACAAACUAUCAAAAAAUAAAUUACCUAAACAAAAUCAACCUGCUUUUCUGUAAAAACCUAAUUCUAAUCCUGUGAGGGUGGGAGAUUUCCUAGCGACAAUAGUCCUUGCAGUGUUUCUGUCGGGAUGUCUUGGAGCCCCCAAAAACUUCUCAGCUGCAGAUAUAAUGAUAUCCAGCUUCUUGGACUUCAUAGACACUUGUGCUGUACAAUUAAUCACUGUGGCUAUAAAUGCCACAAAAUCCACCUUCUUCACAAUGAUUGUAUCCAGAUCAGUCGAUUGACUUAAAACACUAGCAACUGGUUGCAAUGCAUCCACCGCCAUAUCUUCAACACUGUUGCCUCUUGCCCCUUCGUCUCUCUUCACCACCUCCACAUAGGAGAUCCGCUGCACAGCCCUGAUCCUUGAAACCUCAACCUCCUUCACCCUAACAGGGCACACAAGGAAGUUCGGAGUACGAUCCCCACCACAGUUGCAACAUUUUCCAUUCACAGAUUCUUCAAGAUCAUACUUUUCCCGUCUGCAAACAUUUGACACGUGACCCUAUCCUUUACAAUUCCCGCACUGUAGUGGUUUGGACACAAAUGCUCUCACCGCGUACCUCACACAUCCAAGCUUCACAUGUUCAGGUAGAGUCUCCUCAAACAACAAUAUUAUCGACAGGCUUUUCUCCUUCCUUCCAUUUACCAUACGGGUCAGGUGAUGUGCACUGACCACUAAGGUACGGGUCAGGUGACGUGCACUGACCACUAAGGUACGGGUCAGGUGACGUGCACUGACCACUAAGGUACGGGUCAGGUGACGUGCACUGACCACUAAGGUACUAGCCAUCUAAACACAGCAAAAAAAGAAACGUCCUCUCACUGUCAACUGCGUUUAUUUUCAGCAAACUUAACAUGUGUAAAUAGUUGUAUGAACAUAACAAGAUUCAACAACUGAGACAUAAACUGAACAAGUUCCACAGACAUGUGACUAACAGAAAUUGAAUAAUGUGUCCCUGAACAAAGGGGGGGUCAAAAUCAUAAGUAACAGUCAGUAUCUGGUGUGGCCACCAGCUGCAUUAAGUACCGCAGUGCAUCUCCUCCUCAUGGACUGCACCAGAUUUGCCAGUUCUUGCUGUGAGAUGUUACCCCACUCUUCCACCAAGGCACCUGCAAGUUCCCGGACAUUUCUGGGGGGAAUGGCCCUAGCCCUCACCCUCCGAUCCAACAGGUCCCAGAUGUGCUCAAUGGGAUUGAGAUCCGGGAUCUUCGCUGGCCAUGGCAGAACACUGACAUUCCUGUCUUGCAGGAAAUCACGCACAGAACGAGCAGUAUGGCUGGUGGCAUUGUCAUGCUGGAGGGUCAUGUCAGGAUGAGCCUGCAGGAAGGGUACCACAUGAGGGAGGAUGAUGUCUUCCCUGUAACGCACAGCGUUGAGAUUGCUUGCAAUGACAACAAGCUCAGUCCGAUGAUGCUGUGACACACCGCCACAGACCAUGACGGACCCUCCACUUCCAAAUCGAUCCCGCUCCAGAGUACAGGCCUCGGUGUAACGCUCAUUCCUUCGACGAUAAGCGCGAAUCCGACCAUCACCCCUGGUGAGACAAAACCGCGACUCGUCAGUGAAGAGCACUUUUUGCCGGUCCUGUCUGGUCCAGCGACGGUGGGUUUGUGCCCAUAGGCGACGUUGUUGCCGGUGAUGUCUGGUGAGGACCUGCCUUACAACAGGCCUACAAGCCCUCAGUCCAGCCUUUCUCAGCCUAUUGCGGACAGUCUGAGCACUGAUGGAGGGAUUGUGCGUUCCUGGUGUAACUCUGGCAAUUGUUGUUGCCAUCCUGUACCUGUCCCGCAGGUGUGAUGUUUGGAUGAACCGAUCCUGUGCGCAGGUGUUGUUACACGUGGUCUGCCACUGCAAGGACGAUCAGCUGUCCUUCCUGUCUCCCUGUAGCGCUGUCUUAGGCGUCUCACAGUACGGACAUUGCAAUUUAUUGCCCUGGCCGCAUCAUGCCUCAUGCCUCCUUGCAGCAUGCCUAAGGCACAUUCAUGCAGAUGAGCAGGGACCCUGGGCAUCUUUCUUUUGGUGUUUUUCAGAGUCAGUAGAAAGGCCUCUUUAGUGUCCUAAGUUUUCAUAACUGUGACCUUAAUUGCCUACCGUCUGUAAGCUGUUAGUGUCUUAACGACCGUUCCAUAGGUGCAUGUUCAUUAAUUGUUUAUGGUUCAUUGAACAAGCAUGGGAAACAGUGUUUAAACCCUUUACAAUGAAGAUCUGUGAAGUUAUUUUGAUUUUUACGAGUUAUCUUUGAAAGACAGGGUCCCUAAAAAGGGAGUUUCUUUUUUUGCUGAGUUUAUAUCCAACGAGACCCCAGCUAUAACUCCUUUGGCAGGCGCCCAGCUCUGUAGAUCAAUUCAGGUUACCUACAUUUACAUUUACAUUUACAUUUAAGUCAUUUAGCAGACACUCUUAUCCAGAGCGACUUACAAAUUGGUGCAUUCAACUUAGGAUAGCCAGUGGGACAACCACCACUGGGGGAGGGGGGGGUGUAGAAGGAUUACUGUUAGACUAUUCCAGGUAUUCCUUAAAGAGGUAGGGUUUCAAGUGUCUCCGUAAGGUGGUCAGUGACUCCGCUGUCCUGGCGUCUUGGGGGAGCUUGUUCCACCAUUGGGGUGCCAGAGCAGCGAAUAGCUUUGACUGGGCUGAGCGGGAACUGUGCUUCCGUAGAGGUAGGGGGGCUAGCAGGCCAGCGGUGGAUGAACGUAGUGCCCUCGUUUGGGUGUAGGGUCUGAUCAGAGCCUGAAGGUAAGGAGGUGCCGUUCCCCUCACAGCUCCAUAGGCAAGCACCAUGGUUUUGUAGUAGAUGCGAGCUUCAACUGGAAGCCAGUGGAGUGUGCGGAGGAGCGGGGUGACAUGAGAGAACUUGGGAAGGUUGAACACCAGACGGGCUUCAGCGUUCUGGAUAAGUUUUCCCAAAUGAAUCUCCUUGUCCAGAAAACACAGUCCAAUAAGAAAUGCAUUAUGGGACCGGUCCUUGUCUUCUACUAUUUAUUUAUACUCAUUUUGUUCCAUUAUUUGAUUUAAUUAUUUUCCGGUCAUUAUCACACACUUCACUUGCCGCACUUUCAGAUUCUAGCACAGUCGCCAUUUCCUCUCGCUAUCAUCAACUGUCGGCUGGUGAAGUUUGCCUUUUUGUUGGAUUUUAAAUGACCGAGUUUGGCGCUCUUGCCACCCUGUCACAGACGGAUCAGAUUUCCUGAAUAGUUUUGCAUUAUACUAUUGCUGUGUGACUAUUUUGUUCCAAUUAGGCACAUAAGGUGUACAAGUAAAUAACAAAGGUUUCAGUUUCUCUAUAGUUAUUUUCAGUUCUCUAUAGUUUGGACCUGUUUAAUGUAGGUAGCAUUUUAUUGCUGUGAAUCAGAGUGAAAGUUACACUAUAACAUGCAGGUCUGUGAGGAGGUCAAAUAUCACCCUUCAACUGAUUUCGUCUGGUGACCUUCCAACAUUAUGACAUUGACAGGUCAAACUACCCAUCCAGUAGGGUAGUAGAGCCGGAUGCUCCCAUAGGGAAUGGAUAGAGGCUUUGCUAUAGGUAUUGUAUGAAGAAGUCAUAUCUCUUUAAACUGUAUGAUUUUUUAAGUUGAAGAUAACAUUCUCAUUUCUCUCUCCCUCCCUCUCCCCCUCUCCCUCUCCCUCCCUCCCCUCCUCCCUCCCUCCCUCCCUCCCUCUCCCUCUCUCCUCCCUCCCUCUCCCUCUCUCCCUCCCUCCCUCUCCCUCUCUCCCUCCCUCCCUCUCCCUCUCUCUCGUUCGUACCUCAGGGGGACUCUUCUUUUGUGGUGAUGACCAAUUACAUUAUAACCAAAGGUCAGAAAGUUGAAAAAUGUUCUGAGGUAAGUCAACUCCUCUCAAAAGUCUUUCUUGAUUCUUUCCCAUAUUAAUACUUUUACCUAAAUAAAAGCAAAAACAGGCUUUUAGAAAUGUUCGCAAAUGUAUAAAAAAUUACAAACGGAACUAUGACAUUUGCAUAAGUAUUCAGACCCUUUACUCAGUACUUUGUUGAAGCGCCUUUGGCAGCGAUUACAGCCUCAAGUCUUCUUGGGUAUGACGCUACAAGCUUGACACACCUGUAUUUGGGGAGUUUCUCCCAUUCUUCUCUGCAGAUCCUCUCAAGCUCUGUCAGGUUGGAUGGGGAGCGUCGCUGCAGAGCUAUUUUCAGUUCUCUCCAGAGAUGUUCGAUCGGGUUCAAGUCCGGGCUCUGGCUGGGCCACUCAAGGACAUUCAGAGACUUGUCCCGAAGCCACUCCUACGUUGUCUUGGCUGUGUGCUUAGGGUCGUUGUCCUGUUGGAAAGUGAACCUUCACCCCAGUCUGAGGUCCUGAGCGCUCUGGAGCAGGUUUUCAUCAAGGAUCUCUCUGUACUUUGCUCCGUUCAUCUUUCCCACAAUCCUGACUAGUCUCCCAGUCCCUGCCGCUGAAAAACAUCCCCACAGCAUGAUGCUGCCACCACCAUGCUUCACCGUAGGGAUGGUGCCAGGUUUCCUCCAGAUGUGACGCUUGGCAUUCAAGCAAAAGAGUUCAACCUUGGUUUCAUCAGACCAGAGAAUCUUGUUUCUCAUGGUCUGAGAGUCUUUUAGGUGCCUUUUGGCAAACUCCAAGCGGGCUGUCAUGUGCCUUUUACUGAGGAGUUGCUUCCAUCUGGCCACUCUACCAUAAAGGCCUGAUUGGUGGAGUGCUGCAGAGAUGGUUGUCCUUCUGGAAGGUUCUCCCAUCUCCAGAGAGGAACUCUAGAGCGCUGUCAGAGUGACCAUCGGGUUCUUGCUAACCUCCCUGACCAAGGCCCUUCUCCCCCGAUUGCUCAAUUUGGCCAGGCGGCCAGCUCUAGGAAGAGUCUUGGUGGUUCCAAACUUCUUCCGUUUAAGAAUGAUGGAGGCCACUGUGUUCUUGGGGACCUUCAAUUCUGCAGACAUUUUUUGGUAACCUUCCCCAGAUCUGUGCCUAGACACAAUCCUGUCUCAGAGCUCUGCGGACAAUUCCUUCAACCUCAUGGCUUGGUUUUUGCUCUGACAUGCACUGUCAACUGUGGGACCUUAUAUAGACAGGUGUGUGCCUUUCCAAAUCAUGUCCAAUCAAUUGAAUUGACCACAGGUGGACUCCAAUCAAGUUGUAGAAACAUCUCAAGGAUCAUCAAUGGAAACAGGAUGCACCUGAGCUCAAUUUUGAGUCUCAUAGCAAAGGGUCUGAAUACUAAUGUAAAUAAGGUAUUUCUGUUUAGAUUGUUACUAAAUUUGCUUCCCCAAAAAAAUAAAUUGUUUUGGCUUUGUUAUUAUGGGGUAUUGUGUGUAGAUUGAUAAGGGAAAAAAAUAUUUAAUCAAUUUUAGAAUAAGGCUGUAAUGUAACAAAAUGUGGAAAAAGGGAAGGGGUCUGAAUACUUUCCGAAUGCACUCACUCCAACUCCUGUGUUUCAGCCCCAAAACUCGAAGAAUCGAUGCAGCUCCGACUCAGACUGUGAAGGGAGAUCAGAACGUACGGGAGAUGGUAAAGUCCGGACGGCAUGGCAGCGUGACAGUGUGGCACAGUCCCCUUCACUAACUCAGUGUUUCUCAAUCCCUGGUCUGUGGACCAGCGCCGGUCCAUGGCACAUUGCCGGCCGGUCCCUGAGAUAGUUAACUGACACUAAUAUGGUCAGUUCUACAGUGCUAGUUUUGAAUGUAAGUGGGCCCCCAAGGAGGAGAAACCAUAGCUUGUCGGCCCCUGGUAUGAAAAAGGUUGAGAAACACUGCGACUAACUAACCCUCCUAACUACCUUGCGCAUUGGCAAAUCUAGCCAUCCAUUACUACCAUUACCCCUCCCUACCUGACUACUCACACUAGCCAUCGUCUCUGUGACUAUGUUAUAAAGGAUAUACAACGAGGGGCUGGGAGUUCUGUGGAAAUAAUGAGCCCUUCGUUGUCUAACCCUUUACUUUCUGAAAGUAUUACUAUAUGUAGGAUUCUCACUAAACAUGUUUUCAGCCACCAGUGUCUCUGUACUGAUAACCAAAAUUAAAUGUUGUUUAUCAGAAAUUAAAAUAGGCACGUGACUUCACUUGUCAGAGAGCAAAAACCUUUAAAAGGUGUUUGAGUGUCCAGUUGUGUGAUCGUUGUUUUAGGAUUAAGGUUGUUUUCUCGUUGGUAAACUUUCUCAGCGGUUCGUUGGUCAGUUUCAGUUCACAAUCCUGUGACAAAAGAGGAUGGGAGGAAGAGACAGAUGAUCCUGUCCCUUUUUGGAGGAGAGUAUUUAAAGGGUGGACUGUGGGAAAGUCAGAGCAGUCUAUUGUGUGUAUACUGUAGUUUAGGGCUUCUAUGAGCUAAUGUACAAUAUGCUAGUCACACAAAAUUGGCUAAAAACAAAGCCACUAAGAUAAACAUUUGGACUAGUCAGGAAUUUCCCUGCCCGGAGUAAUGCAUGCAAGAAGAAAAAGUAUAGCAGCCAGAUCCAGGAUGGUUGAGUGCCUUGGCUUAUCAUUCUAUUAAAGCAUGCAAACAGAGUCUUAUACAAGUAAACCGCCCGCACACACAUAUUAUGCAUACAUGCACACAUCCGUUAACUCACAGACAAAUGCAACAGACAUAAGCCAUAAGCACACAGUCAGAGACACAGGCACACAGUUGAAGAUACAAGCACGCAGUCAACGACACAGGCACACAGUCAGAGACACAGGCACGCAGUCAGAGACACAGGCAGAGACACAGGCACACAGUCAGAGACACAGUCAGAGACACAGGCACACAGUCAGAGACACAGGCACACAGUCAGAGACACAGUCAGAGACACAGCCAGAGACACAGGCACACAGUCGAAGACACAGUCAAAGACACAGGCACACAGUCGAAGACACAGUCAGAGACACAGGCACACAGUCAGAGACACAGCCAGAGACACAGGCACACAGUCAAAGACACAGGCACACAGUCAACGACACAGGCAGACAGUCAGAGACACAGGCACACAGUCGAAGACACAGGCACACAGUUGAAGACACAGUCGAAGACACAGACACACAGUCGAAGACACAGUCGAAGACACAGUCAGAGACACAGUCAGAGACACAGUCAGAGACACAGGCACACAGUCAAAGACACAGUCGAAGACACAGUCAGAGACACAGUCGAAGACACAGUCAGAGACACAGUCAGAGACACAGUCAGAGACACAGUCACACAGUCAGAGACACAGUCACACAGUCAGAGACACAGUCGAAGACACAGUCAGAGACACAGGCACACAGUCAGAGACACAGGCACACAGUCAGAGACACAGUCGGAGACACAGUCAGAGACACAGGCACACAGUCAGCGACACAAGCACACAGUCAGAGACACAGUCAGAGACACAGGCACACAGUCAGAGACACAGUCAGAGACACAGGCACACAGUCAACGACACAGGCACACAGUCAGAGACACAGUCAGAGACACAGCCAGAGACACAGGCACACAGUCAAAGACACAGGCACACAGUCAGAGACACAGUCAGAGACACAGGCACACAGUCAAAGACACAGGCACACAGUCAGAGACACAGUCAGAGACAGGCACACAGUCGAAGACACAGUCAGAGACACAGUCGAAGACACAGUCAGAGACACAGUCACACAGUCAGAGACACAGUCAGAGACAGGCAGACAAAUAGUAGAGUAGUAACAGCAGAUCUAAUAAUAAUCAUAAUCAUAAUAAUCAUAAUCAUAAUAAUCAUAAUAAUCAUAAUCCUAAUAAUCAUAAUCCUAGUUAUUCUAAGCCUACAUAUCAUAGGCAGUUGAAAGGGUUGGUUGUGUAUUUUGGUUACACCCAAGCCUUGUCAACCUCUCAGAACCACAUCAGCCCUUUCAGCUUCAAUCAGAAAGCUGUUGGCCUCUGCUUUAGAUCUGUUGGCGUCACCACCACCGUGUUGACUUGGGGCAUCUAUAUAUCCUUGUAUCCUUGAGAAGGAUGUGCUGGUUAAUGGUUAGACUGUGGUUGAGACUAGAGGCAAGCAAGCGAAACAGAAUGUGUUGUUAAAGCCCUCAGGGUGAACCGGUCUCAUGAUCAUGUCCUGUGGUGUGGUUCACUUUACUGUGGAUAUUUUACACACUUCUCUGCCAAUCCAGCUAGGGCCAGAGAGGCAGGACCAGAGAGACAGGACCAGAGAGACAGGACCAGAGAGACAGGGCCAGAGAGUCAGGGCCAGAGAGACAGGGCCAGAGAGUCAGGGCCAGAGAGACAGGACCAGAGAGACAGGACCAGAGAGACAGGACCGGGAGAGACAGGACCGGGAGAGACAGGACCGGGAGAGACAUGACAGGGAGAGACGGGGCCAGAGAGACGGGGUCAGAGAGGCGGGGCCAGGGAGACGGGGCCAGGGAGACAGGGCCAGAGAGGCGGGGCCAGAGAGAAGGGGCCAGGGAGACGGGGCCAGGGAAACGGGAAACGGGAAACGGGGCCAGGGAGACGGGGCCAGGGAGACGGGGCCAGAGAGACGGGGCCAGGGAGAUAGGACCAGGGAGACAGGACCAGACACAGAUAAUAGCCAUGCUUAUUAUGCAGAAAGAAAUCAUACUUACAGUCUAAGAUCAGCGAGAGAUGAAAGAGAUACAUCAGCACUCUCAGUCCACUUCAUGUUUUGUUUCCUUGCCACGACACCUCUUGAGUAUUGCGAUACUGGUAUCGUGACAACACUAAUCUUUGGGCUCAUAGUUGUUACUCCAUGUUGAAAAGCUAUAUCCCUCAUAUGUCUUUUCUCCAUCUCUCUGUCUCACUGCUCCCCUCCACCCCCCACCCCAAGGACAUACGACGGGGAAGUGUUUGGUGGACACAACUAAGAUGUGUGAAGUGCUAGCCUGGUGCCCUGUGGAAGAUGACAGCACCAUCCCAGAGUAUGUAAGAUCACUGACAAUUAUGUUAACACUACAGGUAUAAUGUUUUAUUACUCGUUAGAAGUUCUAUGUACUGAAUGGUACUGAACAACUUUUAACUGUACCGAGUGAUUUGUAGGCUGAUGAAAUGAAAAGGGUCUCUACCAAUUUCUUGUUAUGACCUCUCUGUGUGUCUCUGUGUGUUUGAUGUGUUUAUGCUUUGUUGGUCUUUGUUUCAUAUGUUCUACUGUUUUCUGUGCAGUCCAGCGCUGUUGAUGUCGGCAGAGAACUACACACUGUUUAUCAAAAACUCAAUCAGCUUUCCAGCCUAUGGUGUUACGAGGUGAGACCCCUGUUUGAUACACAAUGUACAUCCUUUCAUCAACGCCUAUUGAAAAUGAGGAGAGUAACCACGGUUCCAGUCUGUAACACUCAUAAAAAGCAUCAAAUAGUUGCUUCUUCUCCUGAGAUCAUUAGUAUUUGCACAUGAGAUAAACUGUGCUGGACACAGGUGGUGUCUGUCUGUCUGGACCUACACGAUUCUGCCAAACAAUAUAGAGCAAAAUAACCAUGCCAUAGAAUUACCAUAGCAACAACAUGAGGACAUCUCUCCCCUCCUGCUUCCCUGGGAGCGAGCUCAGGUCAGGUCAGAGGCAGGUCAUCCAGGAACUCCCAGACAGCGAGCUGAGGUCAGGUCAGAGGCAGGUCAUCCAGUAACUCCCAGACAGCGAGCUCAGGUCAGGUCAGUGGCAGGUCAUCCAGGAACUCCCAGACAGCGAGCUCAGGUCAGGUCAGUGGCAGGUCAUCCAGUAACUCCCUGACAGCGAGCUCAGGUCAGGUCAGAGGCAGGUCAUCCAGUAACUCCCAGACAGCGAGCUCAGGUCAGGUCAGUGACAGGUCAUCCAGGAACUCCCAGACAGCGAGCUCAGGUCAGGUCAGUGGCAGGUCAUCCAGUAACUCCCUGACAGCGAGCUCAGGUAAUCCUGUAACUCUCCUAGGAUCAUGAGAGGCAACAUAAGUCAACAUGAGAAGAGCCAGAUUCUACACGUUAACAUGAGAAGAGCCAGAUUCUAUAGAUUAACAUGAGAAGAGCCAGAUUCUAUAGAUUAACAUGAGAAGAGCCAGAUUCUAUAGAUUAACAUGAGAAGAGCCAGAUUCUAUAAAUUAACAUGAGAAGAGCCAGGUUCUAUAGAUUAACAUCAUAUAGAGAUAUACACUGGGGGAAAAAUGGUUGAAUCAAUGUUGUUUCCAAGUUAAUUUGUGGAAUUUAUUUCCUUCUUAAUGUGUUUGAGCCAAUCAGUUUGUGUUGUGACAAGGUAGGGGUGGUAUACAGAAGAUAGCCCUAUUUGGUAAAAGACCAAGUCCAUAUUAUGGCAAGAACAGCUCAAAUAAGAAAAGAGAAACGACAGUCCAUCAUUACUUUAAGACAUGAAGGUCAGUCAAUCCGGAACAUUUCAAGAACUUUUAAAGUUUCUUCAAGUGCAUUCGCAAAAACCAUCAAGCGCUAUGAUGAAACUGGCUCUCAUGAGGACCGCCACAGGAAAGGAAGACCCAGAGUUACCUCUGCUCCAGAGGAUAAGUUCAUUAGAGUUACCAGCCUCAGAAAUUGCAGCCCAAAUAAAUGCUUCACAUGUCACGCCCUGGCUCUGGGGACUCUUAAAUGUUGAGCCAGGGUGUGGAUUUUUCCUUGUUUAGUUUUCUAGGUUUGUCGUUCUAGAUCGUGUAUUUCUAUGUUGGCCAGGGUGGUUCCCAAUCAGAGACAGCAGUAGCUCGUUGUCUCUGAUUGGGGACCAUACUUAGGCAGCCUGUUGGCAUGUUACGUUGUGGGAUCUUGAUCCGGAAGGUUUGUGUUAUUUAACCUAGGACUUCACGUAUCGUUUGUUGUUUUUGUUCGUGAGGGUACUUAAUAAAGUAUGUACGCCUAUCACGCUGCGCCUUGGUCCGCUUCAUCUAUCGACGAUCGUGACAGAAGAUCCCACCACGACUGGAUCAAGCAGUGUGAAGAGGAGAGAGGAUGGACUUGGGAGGAGAAGAGUGAGAGUCUGGCGAGAGCCAUGGAGGCCAUGUUCACGGGGGAGAGACAAGCCCCCAACAUUUUUAGGGGGGGGCUCACACCGUGGACGACGAGGCAGCAGGAGGCCGCGAUAGAGCGGUUCAGCAGGUUAGCAGAGGAGGCCGCCAGGUUACGGGGGGCACUGGUCACGAGGGAGAAGGAGAGUGUGGAGGCACGGCGAGAGGAACUGGUUAGGCAGCAGAGGGAGCGGAGGUUUAUGAGGAAACCCAGUCCCGCUCCUCGCACCAAGCAAGUGGUGUGUGUCACCAGUCCGGUCCGGCCCGUUCCUGAUUCCCGCACAAGGCCAGUGGUGUGUGUUCCCAGUACGGUCAGGCCCGUUCCUGCUCCCCGCACUAAGCCUGUGGUGCGCGUCACCAGCCCGGUCAGGCCCGUUCCUGCUCCCCGCACCAAGCCAGUGGUGCGCGUCGCCAGCCCGGUCCGGCCUGUUCCUGCUCCCCGCACCAAGCCAAUGGUGCACGUCGUCAGCCCGGUCCGGCCCGUUCCUGCUCCCCGCACCAAGCCAGUGGUGCGCGUCGCCAGCCCGGUCCGGCCUGUUCCUGCUCCCUGCACCAAGCUAGUGAUGCGCGUCGUCAGCCCGGUCCGGCCCGUUCCUGCUCCCCACACCAAGCCAGUGGUGCGCGUCGUCAGCCCGGUCCGGCCUGAUCCUGCUCCCCGCAACAAGCCAGUGGUGCGCGUCGCCAGCCCGGUCUGGCCCGUUCCUGCUCCCCGCACCAAGCCAGUGGUGCGCGUCGUCAGUCCGGCACGGUCCGUGCCUGUUCCACCGGUGCCUGGUCCGGCACCGGUCAGCUGCUCCACGCCGGAGCCAGAGAAAUCCGCUCCACCGGUGUUCAGUCCAGCUCCGGCCAGAGGGGCCAGACCAGACCAGGGGCGCAACGGGGGGGUAGAGAGAGUGUGGUGGUUACGCCCGGAGCCAGAUCCGCCGCCGAGGCGGAAUGCCCACCCGGCCCCUACCCUCUUGUGUUUGGUUGGGGGGGGGGGGGUACUGUCACGUCCUGGCUCUGGGGACUCUUAAAUGUUGAGCCAGGGUGUGGAUUUUUCCUUGUUUAGUUUUCUAGGUUUGUCGUUCUAGAUCGUGUAUUUCUAUGUUGGCCAGGGUGGUUCCCAAUCAGAGACAGCUGUAGCUCGUUGUCUCUGAUUGGGGACAAUACUUAGGCAGCCUGUUGGCAUGUUACGUUGUGGGAUCUUGAUCCGGAAGGUUUGUGUUAUUUAACCUAGGACUUCACGUAUCGUUUGUUGUUUUUGUUCGUGAGGGUACUUAAUAAAGUAUGUACGCCUAUCACGCUGCGCCUUGGUCCGCUUCAUCUAUCGACGAUCGUGACAUCACAGACACAUCUCAACAUCAACUUUUCAGAGGAGACUGUGUGAAUCAGGCCUUCAUGGUCGAAUUGCUGCAAAGAAACCACUACUAAAGGACACCAAUAAGAAGAAGAGACUUGCUUGGGUCAAAAAACACGAACAAUGGACAUUAGACCGGUGGAAAUCUGUCCUUUGGUCUGAUGAGUCCAAAAUUGAGACGCAGAACGGAUGAUCAUUCAACCUUUUCCUUGAAAUAUAAUUUUUUGAGAUUAUUAAUGUUACUGUCCCCACUACAACAACAACCAAAUACUUAAAUAGAUGUAAUUUUGUCCUCGAAACAUUUAAUUGAAAUACUGUAGAUUCCCAUUCAUUCCUAUGGAGGGCUGCUGCUACUGGGGAGUGACAAUAUGGCUGACCGGUGGCUUCAAAGCCUCUCAUUGGCCAAUACAUAGCAUCAGCAAUCCAGGGUUUAUAUUUUAUCAUUGUCAAUACUGCUGCCCCCUCUCUGCUGUGGGGGAGCAGACCACGUAAGAGCAGGUCGGCAGGAGAAUACCUAACCUCCUACACCUCAUCCACCAGCCUGCACUCUUAGAAAAAAGGGUUCCAAAAUGGUUCUGCGGCUGUCCCCAUAGGAGAACCCUUUUUGGUUCCAGGUAGAACCCUUUUUGGUUCCAGGUAGAACCCUUUUGGGUUCCAGGUAGAACCCUUUUUGGUUCCAGGUAGAACCCUUUUGGGUUCCAGGUAGAACCAUUUUGGGUUCCAGGUAGAACCCUUUUGGGUUCCAUGUAGAACCCUCUGUGGAAAGGGCUCUACAUGGAACCCAAAAGGUUUUUACCUGGAACCAAAAAAGGGUUCUUCAAAGGGUUCUCCUAUGGGGACAGCCGAAGAACGCUUUAAGGUUCUAGAUCAGGGGUAGGCAAUCGUGGUCCUGGAGUGCCGCAGGCACUUCAUGUUUUUUAUUUAACCGACCUGGAAGACCAGGUGUGUUGAAUUUAGUCAAUCACUGAACUGAUCAAUUAUCUCAGUUGGUCAGGUGUGGUGCCUAGUUGGAACAAAAUCCUGCGGUACCUGCAGCACUCCAGGAACAGGGUUGCCCACCCCUUUUCUAGAUGGCUCCUUUUUUCUAAGAGUGUAGCGACCAGAGACCACCUCUUCAGCCUAGCGACCGUUAGGUAGCCUCAGGCAAUGUUUGCUAUGUUAGAUACAUGCGUUACAUCACACACAUUGUGUAUGUAGCUAAUGCACUGAAUAUGGUUUGUGGUAUGUGACAGCUAAUGUAUAAGUAGUGGUUAUAUAAUUACCACAUCCAUCACAUCCCACAACCCUGGCGUUGCAAACGCCAUGCUCUACUAACUGAGCUACACUGGACCUUUUUUUUUAAAACAAUGAUCUCUUCCUGUUCUCUCUCCAGGUCUAACCUCGUAGAAGGUAUCGACAAUCAGUACGUCAACAGCUGCUUGUACGACCCAAAGAAGUCCCCGCUGUGUCCCAUUUUCAGACUGGGUGACUUGGUACAGCUGUCUGGCUUCAACUUCUCCACAAUCGCCAGAGUGGUGAGCAACAUGCUGUUCUAUUCACCAGGGAAGGGGGUUUGCAAGUACCUGUCAGUCUGUGUAUGGCUGUGUGUUUUGGUGGUGUUGGUGUUUAUUGUGGAGUCAUUGAUUGAUGGUGGUGUUAUUGGUAACGAGGUAUGAUGGUGGUGUUAUUGGUAACGAGGUAUGAUGGUGGUGUUAUUGGUAACGAGGUAUGAUGGUGGUGUUAUUGGUAACGAGGUAUGAUGGUGGUGUUAUUGAUAACGAGGUAUGAUGGUGGGGUUAUUGGUAACGAGGUAUGAUGGUGGGGUUAUUGGUAACGAGGUAUGAUAAUAAUAUAAUAAUAAUAAUAUGCCAUUUAGCAGACGCUUUUAUCCAAAGCGACUUACAGUCAUGUGUGCAUACAUUUUUACGUAUGGGUGGUCCUGGGGAUCGAAUCCACUACACUGGCGUUACAAGCGCCAUGCUCUACCAAUUGAGCUACAGAGGACCACAGUGGUGGUGUUAUUGGUAAUGAGGUAUGAUGGUGGUGUUAUUGGUAACGCGGUAUGAUGGUUGUGUUAUUGGUAAUGAGGUAUGAUGGUGGGGUUAUUGGUAAUGAGGUAUGAUGGUGGUGUUAUUGGUAACGCGGUAUGAUGGAGGUGUUAUUGGUGACAAGGUAUGAUGGUGGUGUUAUUGGUAAUGAGGUAUGAUGGUGGUGAGUUAUAAUGGUGGUGUUAUUGGUAACGAGGUAUGAAAAAAAAAUGUAUGCACUCACUAACUGUAAGUCGCUCUGGAUAAGAGCGUCUGCUGAAGGACUAAAAUGUAAAUGUAAAUUUAUGAUGGUGGGGUUAUUGGUAACGAGGUAUGAUGGGGGUGUUAUUGGUAACGAGGUUUGAUGAUGGUUGUGUUAUUGGUAACAAGGUAUGAUGGUGGUGUUAUUGGUAACGAGGUAUGAUUGUGGUGUUAUUGGUAACGAGGUAUGAUGGUGGUGUUAUUGGUAACAAGGUAUGAUCUUGGUAUUAUUGGUAACGAGAUAUGAUGGUGGUGUUAUUGGUAAGGAGGUAUGGUGGUGGUGUUAUUGGUAACAAGGUAUGAUGAUGGUGGUGAGGUACAAUAGUGGUGUUAUUGGUAACGAGGUAUGAUGGUGGCUUUAUUUGUAACGACAAUGAUGGUGGUGUUAUUGGUAAAAAGGUAUGAUGGUGGUGUUAUUGGUAACGAGGUGUGAUGGUGGUGUUAUUGGUAACGAGGUAUGAUGGUGGUGUUAUUGGUAACGAGGUGUGAUGAUAGUGGUGUUAUUGGUAAAAAGGUAUGAUGGUGGUGUUAUUGGUAACGAGGUGUGAUGGUGGUGUUAUUGGUAACGAGGUAUGAUGGUGGUGUUAUUGGUAACGAGGUGUGAUGAUAGUGGUGUUAUUGGUAAUGAGGUAUGAUGGUGGUGUUAUUGGUAACGAGGUUUGAUGGUGGGGUUAUUGGUAACGAGGUAUGAUGGUGGGGUUAUUGGUAAUGAGGUAUGAUGGUGGUGUUAUUGGUAACAAGGUAUGAUGGUGGUGUUAUUGGUAACGAGGUGUGAUGAUAGUGGUGUUAUUGGUAAUGAGGUAUGAUGGUGGUGUUAUUGGUAACGAGGUUUGAUGGUGGGGUUAUUGGUAAUGAGGUAUGAUGGUGUUAUUGGUAACAAGGUAUGAUGGUGGUGCUAUUGGUUACUAGGUAUGCUCUGUCAAAGGUAAUUUCUGAGUUAAAGCAUAGUGAAACACUGAAAUUGCAACUGAUUUUAAAAGUGUCCGAAGACACUUUGGUGUUAUUGGUACCUCCAUUGAUAGCCGAUGUUGAUGGUAUCGUGAUGUGUGGGGUUAGUGGUAUGCUCAUUCACUGGAUGUAUUGAUGUUGUUGAUGGUAUCGUGAUGUUUGGGGUUAGUGGUACCCUCAUUGACUGGAUGUAUUGAUGUUGUUGAUGGUAUCGUGAUGUUUGGGGUUAGAGGUACCCUCAUUGACUGGAUGUAUUGAUGUUGUUGAUGGUAUCGUGAUGUUUGGGGUUAGUGGUACCCUCAUUGACUGGAUGUAUUGACGUUGUUGAUGGUAUCGUGAUGUGUGGGGUUAGUGGUACCCUCAUUGACUGAAUGUAUUGAUGUUGUUGAUGGUAUCGUGAUGUGUGGGGUUAAUGGUACCCUCAUUGACUGGAUGUAUUGAUGUUGUUGAUGGUGUAGUGUCCAAAAGACACACCUUUGCUGAUCCAUGCCGUGAUGAUAAGGAGUCCGCCGACACUGUACUUUGUUUAUAAAGGUUUAUUAUAACAAAGAGUUUUCAGCAUCGAAUUUACAGAUACCUGCAGAUAUCUUAAGAACAGCAAGAGCCAAAUUCUGUAAUUCGCUAUUCCUCCCUCCUAUUGUUCAAGACAUGGUUUUAUAUCAUUUAUGACGUAAUAUGGUGUGAUUCUAAAAACCAAUCCCUGGCCUUUCCACAUCUCUCCCCAUAUCAUUUUCCCAUGAACUUUAGUAAUGUUUUCCAGAUGUUUCAGCAAAGUAGAGUAAAGUUCAUCUGUUACCCCAUUUUGCAACAUCAGCAAAAUCCUAGAGCCAAGUUUUCCUCUAACACACUUUUUGCAAAGGUCAGCACAUCACAGACUCUAAGACACUACAAUGGUAUGUGGGGUUAGUGGUACUCUCAUUGACUGGAUGUAUUGAUGUUGUUGAUGGUAUCGUGAUGUUUGGGGUUAGUGGUACCCUCAUUGACUGGAUCUGGAUGUAUUGAUGUUGUUGAUGGUACCGUGAUGUUUGGGGUUAGUGGUACCCUCAUUGACUGUAUGUAUUGAUGUUGUUGAUGGUAUGUGGGGUUAGUGGUACUCUCAUUGACUGGAUGUAUUGAUGUUGUUGAUGGUAUCGUGAUGUGUGGGGUUAGUGGUACCCUCAUUGACUGGAUGUAUUGAUGUUGUUGAUGGUAUCGUGAUGUUUGGGGUUAAUGGUACCCUCAUUGACUGGAUGUAUUGAUGUUGUUGAUGGUAUCGUGAUGUGUGGGGUUAGUGGUACCCUCAUUGACUGGAUGUAUUGACGUUGUUGAUGGUAUCGUGACGUUUGGGGUUAGUGGUACCCUCAUUGGCUGGAUGUAUUGAUUGAUCCGACAGGGCGGGGCGAUUGGUAUCGUCAUUGACUGGACCUGUAACCUGGACUAUGACCAGUCAGAGUGUAAACCGAUCUACUCCUUCCACGGUCUCUAUGGAAACCCCCAGGAGACAGACACAGCCAGAGCAUCUGUGGGAUACAACUUCAGGUACAUAAAAACAUCUGCCACGUGCGGACUGUAUGGUUAGUGCUGCAGACCCUGGCACUAAUGUAUACCAGAGUUGGCAUGGGUUUGAAAUCCAACUCACUGCCCUUCUGACUCGCAGUCUCUUCUAUAUCUCCUGUCCUAUCUCAAUACAUCGUUCUUGUAAGGGCCACUUUUCUUAUUGUAAAUUGAAAAGCCUUUUCUGAGUUAAAGAUUUUAAAUAAAUGAAAGAAAAACACUUAGAAAUGGGGUCGUGUUAGCCAUGGGGGUUCCUGUUAACCAUGGGGGUCGUUUUUAGCCAUGGGGGGUCGUGCUAACCAUGCGACUAAGAAAAGUACACUAUUCAUUAUAAAUUACAUUUGACUCUUCUUAGUUGCAAGGGUCAUGUGAAAGGCUGAAGAGAGACAUACAGAUCUGAACACUAGAAAAGUGUGUCUACAUUUUGUUCUUUAAGGUAUGCAAAGCAUUAUAUGGAGGACAAGCAGGAGAAAAGGACACUUCUGAAAGUUUUUGGGAUUCGAUUUGACAUCAUUGUUCGUUCACUGGUAAGUUCAUGAAGUUCAUGAUUGCGAUCCUUGUAAUGUUCCAGACAGCGUUUCUGAAUUCCUCCUUUACGACUGUAGAUUAAAACGUUUAAAGAUGGUUGAUGUUAUUUUUUAUUUCCCAGGCCAGAAAAUUUGAUAUCAUUCCAACACUAACAGCUAUAGGGUCUGGUGUGGGAAUCUUUGGAGUGGUGAGUCCUGCAAUAAUACACAUCCUAUCUAAUACUACACAUCCUAUCUAAUACUACACAACCUAUCUAAUACUACACAUCCUAUAUGAUAAUACACAACCUAUCUAAUACUACACAUCCUAUCUAAUACUACACAUCCUAUCUAAUACUACACAUGCUAUCUAAUACUACACAUCCUAUCUGAUAAUACACAUCAUAUCUAAUACUACACAUCCUAUCUGAUAAUACACAUCCUAUCUGAUAAUACACAUCCUAUCUGAUAAUACACAUCCUAUCUGGUAAUACACAUCAUAUCUGGUAAUACACAUCCUAUCUGGUAAUACACAUCCUAUCUGGUAAUACACAUCAUAUCUGAUAAUACACAUCCUAUCUAAUACUGCAAAACAUACAGAAUCUCCAGUAGCCUACUGUAUAUCUCUUAAACAGCUUGUAUAGACUAAACAAAUAUGUUUAUAUAUUAAAUAAUGUGACGGAGGAAGUUGUGAUCACAGAAUGAAAUGUAUAUUAUAUUUCUAUGGUUAUGAUGCUAAUAAUUGUGCUGUGUUUCCAAAGGCGACUGUAGUAUGUGAUCUGAUUCUCCUGUAUCUACUACCCAAGAGGGAAUUCUACAACAACAUGAAAUUCAAGGUUACUGAAUCAAUGGAGAAGGUGAGUUUACAUCUAACUGUUGCGUAACAUCCAGUUUAAACACCAGAUGGCAGCAAAGUGGCAUUUUAUAAAUAAUUGUGCAGAAAACUGGGCACACGGACCCUCAACAGUACACACAAUAAUUGACCCAACAGUUCAUGUGUUGUCUCUCUAAGAAAUACACGGUGUUCAUUUGCUCCCACUUUAUUUUUAAUACGCCGCCACUGCAUCCUGUAUCAAACGGUUGUCUGGUCCUCAUUAAAGCCCCCGUAGAUCACUUCACUAUUCCCUUUCUGUUUACAAAGCUCUACUACACAAGCUUCCGACUUACCUAACCUCAUCGUUGAAAAACAUGAGAUACCAAACUCGCUCGCAGGGUUGGUUAGCUCUUGAGGUUCAUUAGGUCCUCCACCGAAUUAGGUAAAUCUGCCUUCAGUUUUAAUGCCCCCCAUUUUUGGAAUAACCUGCAGAACUCCCCGCGUCUUGAUUCCCUGGUACCACUCGAGCAGUUUAGGAGUCCAAUGUUGAAUUUGUUAAAUGAGAAUAGCGUUUGUUUUGGUCAAAUGUAAAAAUGCAUUGUGGUGUUUUUUUAAUUGUAACCUGUAGUUUUUAUAAAUGUUUUAUUGGAAUGUUCAUGUUGAAUUUGUUGUCCCCAGGGCACCAUUGAAAACGGGCUCCCCUGAUAAAAAACAACUAUUACAUAGCCACUAAAAGAUGAUCUAUACAUGCUCAAACUAUAAGCAAACUAUUGGAGAAUCUCAAUUGGUUUGGCUCGAUUCCUCCUUUUGAAAAAGGUAAAAGGUCAUCGAGGAGAGGAGGCGAGGAGAGGAAACGUGGAUACAAAUGCACUUGUAUGAAAUUACACUCCUCCACUAUCGCGUCAUCAGGCAAAUGACGUUUACAGAGGAGGAGUCCCGAAAUACAUGUGGGUCGUACUUGAAUUGUGGUGGCUUUUGCGUCCUUCUCCUUUGCAACCAUGAAAAACUAUUUAAAAUAUCAAAUAGUUAUGGCUCAUGUUUUAUGCAUUGUUUAAAGCAAAUUCGCUUGUCCCAGUAGUGACCCAGUAGAGUUGUUUUUCGAAUUUAGAGAUAUCUAUUAUUUGCUAAAUGGCAUAUUAUAUAUUAUAUUAUUUGGAAUGGUAGAAAGUAAACAAAAGUGUUUAAUAUAUUGUAUAGAUCAAUAAUAAAAGGCUAUUAAUAUACAGUGGGGAAAAAAAGUAUUUAGUCAGCCACCAAUUGUGCAAGUUCUCCCACUUAAAAAGAUGAGAGAGGCCUGUAAUUUUCAUCAUAGGUACACGUCAACUAUGACAGACAAAAUGAGAAAAGAAAAUCCAGAAAAUCACAUUGUAGGAUUUUUAAUGAAUUUAUUGGCAUAUGAUGGUGGAAAAUAAGUAUUUGGUCAAUAACAAAAGUUUCUCAAUACUUUGUUAUAUACCCUUUGUUGGCAAUGACACAGGUCAAACGUUUUCUGUAAGUCUUCACAAGGUUUUCACACACUGUUGCUGGUAUUUUGGCCCAUUCCUCCAUGCAGAUCUCCUCUAGAGCAGUGAUGUUUUGGGGCUGUCGCUGGGCAACACAGACUUUCAACUCCCUCCAAAGAUUUUCUAUGGGGUUGAGAUCUGGAGACUGGCUAGGCCACUCCAGGACCUUGAAAUGCUUCUUACGAAGCCACUCCUUCGUUGCCCGGGCGGUGUGUUUGGGAUCAUUGUCAUACUGAAAGACCCAGCCACGUUUCAUCUUCAAUGCCCUUGCUGAUGGAAGGAGGGUUUCACUCAAAAUCUCACGAUACAUGGCCCCAUUCAUUCUUUCCUUUACACGGAUCAGUCGUCCUGGUCCCUUUGCAGAAAAACAGCCCCAAAGCAUGAUGUUUCCAACCCCAUGCUUCACAGUAGGUAUGGUGUUCUUUGGAUGCAACUCAGCAUUCUUUGUCCUCCAAACAUGACGAGUUGAGUUUUUACCAAAAAGUUAUAUUUUGGUUUCAUCUGACCAUAUGACAUUCUCCCAAUCCUCUUCUGGAUCAUCCAAAUGCACUUCAGACGGGCCUGGACAUGUACUGGCUUAAGCAGGGGGACACGUCUCGCACUGCAGGAUUUGAGUCCCUGGCGGCGUAGUGUGUUACUGAUGGUUGGCUUUGUUACUUUGGUCCCAGCUCUCUGCAGGUCAUUCACUAGGUCCCCCCGUGUGGUUCUGGGAUUUUUGCUCACCGUUCUUGUGAUCAUUUUGACCCCACGGGGUGAGAUCUUGCGUGGAGCCCCAGAUCGAGGGAGAUUAUCAGUGGUCUUGUAUGUCUUCCAUUUCCUAAUAAUUGCUCCCACAGUUGAUUUCUUCAAACCAAGCUGCUUACCUAUUGCAGAUUCAGUCUUCCCAGCCUGGUGCAGGUCUACAAUUUUGUUUUUGGUGUCCUUUGACAGCUCUUUGGUCUUGGCCAUUGUGAAGUUUGGAGUGUGACUGUUUGAGGUUGUGGACAGGUGUAUUUUAUACUGAUAACAAGUUCAAACAGGUGCCAUUAAUACAGGUAACGAGUGGAGGACAGAGGAGCCUCUGAAAGAAGAAGUUACAGGUCUGUGAGAGCCAGAAAUCUUGCUUGUUUGUAGGUGACCAAAUACUUAUUUUCCACCAUAAUUUGCAAAUAAAUUCAUUAAAAAUCCUACAAUGGGAUUUUCUGGAUUUUUUUUCCUCAAUUUGUCUGUCAUAGUUGACGUGUACCUAUGAUGAAAAUUACAGGCCUCUCUCAUCUUUUUAAGUGGGAGAACUUGCACAAUUGGUGGCUGACUAAAUACUUUUUUUCCCCACUGUAUCUAUAUUAUUUUACUAUUUUACUUUUCAAUUAAUAAACCAUUGUGUUUAUUUCAUGAAAAUAACUCAAAAUAUAUACGCAUGAUCAUUUAUUUCCCUGAGCCUCCUUUUGUCAUUGAAACGCUCAGUCUGAUCGUGAUGGGCGUGUUGAUACAAAUUUACAUACACAGCCCUGAUUGGUGGAUAGGAUUGUCUAGACUCUAGAGCCUACCCUGCUUACCCCUUCAAAGUAGGAGGAUACAUAUGCAAAUAAAAGACGACUGGUCAUUGAUCGGAAUAAUCAGAUCAGAUUGUGAUGUCAUGCUGUGGGGCCAAAAACUCCAUCCCACCUGAACAGGCUGAAAUUCCAGGUGUUUUUUAUUUUUUAAAUAUUUUUUUAAGCUCUUACACUAAAAGGGCAUUAUAGGAUACACCAAUUGAAGAGAGAAGCAAACUCCUCUGUUCACCUAUUAACUAAUUUACACUCUCCUACAUAAGCAUUUCACUGUACAGUUCACACCUGCUGUAUCCUGUGCACGUGACAAAUAAACUUUGAUUUUAUUUGAUACAUAUGGUGACCACUUAUCGGUUUCUGGGUCGGAGAGGAGAGGAUGAUGGGGGAGUAGAGGAGAGGACAGACUUUUUGCCCAAUUGAGAAUCUCCCUACCAACUGAAACUCUGUUGAUAUGCAACCGCUUGGAUGUGGACAUGAAGCUAGGGUUACAAUGGUGGUUGAGGCUAAGGUUAGGGCUAGGGUUAGGGUUGAAUCGGGAUAUGGACAUGAAGAUGGAGUUCAGGAUUAGGGUUGAGGCUAGGGUUAGGGUUGAGCUGGGAUAUGGACAUGAAGAUGGAGUUCAGGAUUAGGGUUAGGGCUAGGGUUAGGGUUGAAUCGGGAUAUGGACAUGAAGAUGGAGUUCAGGAUUAUGGUUGAGGCUAGGGUUAGGGUUGAACUGGGAUAUGGACAUGAAGAUGGAGUUCAGGAUUAGGGUUGAAUCGGGAUAUGGACAUGAAGAUGGAGUUCAGGAUUAGGGUUGAGGCUAAGGUUAGGGUUAGGGUUAGGGUUGAGCUGGGAAAUUGACAUUAAUCCGGGGUUGUAGUUAGGGUUAGUUAGUUGACAAUUGAACAUCUAUAAACCAUCUAUUGAGGACUAUCCAAAUAACAUGUUAUCCAAAGCAGUGUUUAUUUCCAUCCCAGUCUUUAGUAAGAGCAUGCCUUUGGACAGAUUCAAACUCCAUCCCAGUCUUUAGUAAGAGCAUGCCUUUGGACAGAUUCAAACUCCAUCCCAGUCUUUAGUAAGAGCAUGCCUUUGGACAGAUUCAAACUCCAUCCCAGUCUUUAGUAAGAGCAUGCCUUUGGACAGAUUCAAACUCCAUCCCAGUCUUUAGUAAGAGCAUGCCUUUGGACAGAUUCAAACUCCAUCCCAGUCUUCAGUAAGAGCAUGCCUUUGGACAGAUUCAAACUCCAUCCCAGUCUUUAGUAAGAGCAUGCCUUUGGACAGAUUCAAACUCCAUCCCAGUCUUUAGUAAGAGCAUGCCUUUGGACAGAUUCAAACUCCAUCCCAGUCUUUAGUAAGAGCAUGCCUUUGGACAGAUUCAAACUCCAUCCCAGUCUUCAGUAAGAGCAUGCCUUUGGACAGAUUCAAACUCCAUCCCAGUCUUCAGUAAGAGCAUGCCUUUGGACAGAUUCAAACUCCAUCCCAGUCUUCAGUAAGAGCAUGCCUUUGGACAGAUUCAAACUCCAUCCCAGUCUUUAGUAAGAGAAUGCCAUUGGACAGAUUCAAACUCCAUCCCAGUCUUUAGUAAGAGCAUGCCAUUGGACAGAUUCAAACUCCAUCCCAGUCUUUAGUAAGAGCAUGCCUUUGGACAGAUUCAAACUCCAUCCCAGUCUUUAGUAAGAGCAUGCCAUUGGACAGAUUCAAACUCCAUCCCAGUCUUCAGUAAGAGCAUGCCUUUGGACAGAUUCAAACUCCAUCCCAGUCUUUAGUAAGAGCAUGCCUUUGGACAGAUUCAAACUCCAUCCCAGUCUUCAGUAAGAGCAUGCCUUUGGACAGAUUCAAACUCCAUCCCAGUCUUUAGUAAGAGCAUGCCUUUGGACAGAUUCAAACUCCAUCCCAGUCUUUAGUAAGAGCAUGCCUUUGGACAGAUUCAAACUCCAUCCCAGUCUUCAGUAAGAGCAUGCCAUUGGACAGAUUCAAACUCCAUCCCAGUCUUCAGUAAGAGCAUGCCUUUGGACAGAUUCAAACUCCAUCCCAGUCUUCAGUAAGAGCAUGCCUUUGGACAGAUUCAAACUCCAUCCCAGUCUUCAGUAAGAGCAUGCCUUUGGACAGAUUCAAACUCCAUCCCAGUCUUUAGUAAGAGCAUGCCUUUGGACAGAUUCAAACUCCAUCCCAGUCUUCAGUAAGAGCAUGCCUUUGGACAGAUUCAAACUCCACCCCAGUCUUCAGUAAGAGCAUGCCUUGGACAGAUUCAAACUCCAUCCCAGUCUUUAGUAAGAGCAUGCCUUUGGACAGAUUCAAACUCCAUCCCAGUCUUUAGUAAGAGCAUGCCUUUGGACAGAUUCAAACUCCAUCCCAGUCUUUAGUAAGAGCAUGCCUUUGGACAGAUUCAAACUCCAUCCCAGUCUUUAGUAAGAGCAUGCCUUUGGACAGAUUCAAACUCCAUCCCAGUCUUUAGUAAGAGUAUGCCUUUGGACAGAUUCAAACUCCAUCCCAGUCUUUAGUAAGAGCAUGCCUUUGGACAGAUUCAAACUCCAUCCCAGUCUUUAGUAAGAGCAUGCCUUUGGACAGAUUCAAACUCCAUCCCAGUCUUUAGUAAGAGCAUGCCUUUGGACAGAUUCAAACUCCAUCCCAGUCUUUAGUAAGAGCAUGCCUUUGGACAGAUUCAAACUCCAUCCCAGUCUUUAGUAAGAGCAUGCCUUUGGACAGAUUCAAACUCCAUCCCAGUCUUUAGUAAGAGCAUGCCUUUGGACAGAUUCAAACUCCAUCCCAGUCUUUAGUAAGAGCAUGCCUUUGGACAGAUUCAAACUCCAACUGCCACUCUGUAGUUAAAGUGUAAAGAAGCUGUCCCUAGAUACCCCUUCAGAUCACUUGAAAAACAGAUGUCAAUCUCAAUGUGACUUCUCUGGUUAAAUAAAGGAUAAAAAAAACUGUUUGGAAUAUUAUUCACCUUAACCUUCAUUUAAUAUACUCAUACUCAACUCUUACAAAGUAAAUAUGUCUAAAAUCCAUUAGUUGAGAGUGUAAUACUGGUUUCAAACAAGGGGAAAAUAAAAUAGUCAGAUAAAAAUGGAUCAAUCUAAGUCUGAGUCUGUCUUUCAGGAACCUUUAAAUGAGUUCAAGUCUGAAAAAUAAGUAUCCAAGGUAAGCACAUUGUGUGAAUGUGUCAUACACCAUUGAUUAAACUGUUAAUGUUUGUGGUUAAAGUGGGUGAAAGGCCAACAUACAUUGUGGUGUAGCAUGUCAUUGAUGUCUUCUUGGCCACGCAGAAACAUUCAGAUGAGGUCCUAGUGCAUCAUGAGGCCCCACUGUCAGAGACUUAGCCCUACAGCAGCUGCCUGGAUCAGCUCAGUCUAAGGUUUGUGUUGACUGGUGUGGGUCCUCUGGUUUGUGUUGGAAUACUUUAAAAAUCCCUCCUCUUUCCCUCCCUUCCUUAACUACACUAAUCCCUGAUCUGACAUGACUGGAUAAGUGGAAGCUAUGUGAACCGUUGCUUACACCUAUCAGACUGUGUUCAACCAAUACUUACUUGGGAGGAAGGAAGGAUGCAUUUUGAAUGUAUUCAAAUAUGGCCCAGAAGAAACACAUCGGUGAACCACAUAAGCGUGUGAAAGUAUUCUGUGGGGAGUCGAUUCGGAAGAGUUCAAUACAUGUAGCAUCUGACACAGUUCUUGCCUGAUGUGCAUACUCCCCUGACGCAGGCCCAUUGAACCGUACAACGGGGUCGAAAUGGCGUGUUUUUAAAGGAGUCCCAUUUGAACAUGGGCCGUGUUUCUGUUGCUCUCCCAUAGGAGUGAUUGUGCAGAGGACUGCUGACUCCUGGGCUCCAGACUGCAGUGACGGCUGGCUGCGGCUCCAACACCGCAGUACACUGACUCCAGGCUGCACUGAGACAUGGACAUUCUGA